GCAUUACGGGAUGAUGGCAACUACUGGGGCGCGCGGGUUGCAGCGUUGAAGUCAUUUGAAACAGCCUACGACGUCCGAGGAUGAAAUCUUGCAUCCGUGACGCGGCUCUUGCCUCUCUCUCUCCCCCCCCCUUCGCCCCCCAUAAGCCUGAGAAGAAGCAGGCGGAGGAGGGUCCGCUGCCGCGGCGAGAUGGAGCGGCCUGCGGGCGUUGUUCCUCCUCCUCCCCCAGUGAACGGGACUCGGGCUAGAAUUGCGGAGGCCGCGGCUCUUCAGCUCCGCGGUACUUCUGGAUAGGCGUGCGCGUCUGGAAAGUGGGGAGGGAUGGAGAGGAGGCGUCGUCGUCAGGGAACAAUGCCUCCCGCCGCCCGGGAGGACCGGCCUUGAUGCAAGCGCGGGUUCCCUUGCAGGCGAGCUUGCAAAUGCAGGGACCCGGCUGCCUAGGAGCCAAGGCGUCCUCUGCAGCGGCGGCGCCCUCCUCCACCUCCUCCUCUCGCUUCCAACCCAACUCUCCUGCCCCCGGUGGCCCGGGAGGAACUGAACUGUCGCUGCACAGGAAGUAGCGGCUGCUGGGAGCACACAACCGCACACACACACCCCACAUCUCUCUCUUUUUCACACACACACACACACACACACACACAGGCAGGCAGCUGGGUCUGCCGCACUCCAUGCCCUCGGCUCUCUGCACCGGAGCCCGGCGCCGCCGCGACCCCAGGCUUCCCGCCCGCCUCCUCCUCGGAGCAGCCCUCCGAAGCGCCGCCGCAGUGCCAGAGGCGGCGGCCCCAAUUGCGGUAGCCGGCGCUGAGGGAAAGAGGUGGCGGCGCUGCUCCUCCUCCUCCUCCUCGGGGGAAGGCGGCGGCGGAGGUGGCCGCGGCUCUUGGGUCGGAGCUGGGCCAGGGCAGCCGCGGGGCAAGGAAAGGAGGAAGGAGGCGAGGCGGCGUCGGCUGCUGCUGCUGCAGCUGCAGGUUUGUGCUGCUCCGGCAAGGGAUCGGGUGGUGCAGGCGGGUCCGUGCAGCUGCCGGCAGAUCGGGUUCCUCUCCUCCCUUUCCCAUGAGGAGAGACCCUCUCACCCCUUUCUCCCCUGGCACAGCGCCGGCCCCGGCUUGCCCUUCUUCGCAGGUGGCUCCGCUGGGCUCAGCCUGCUUGCCCGCCCCCCCUCUCCCCGCCUUCCUCCUUUAUUCCUUCCCCAGCCCCUCCACGCAGCCCUCUCCUUGCUGCAGUCCUUCCUCGGGCGCCUCCCUCCCCCUCGCAAGCCUCGUUCUCCGGCUGCCAACUUCUUCCUGCACCCCGUUCCCUCCCCCGGGGAACCUUAAUGGAUUAGUCUCCUUUUCCCCCUCGCCCUCGCCCCUCUGCAUUGUGCGAGCCGCUGCCUUCAGACCGCUGGAUGGUACGGGUAGUAGCUUCCCCUCCUCCCUUAAUUUCCUCCGUUCCCCUAAUUGCUUCCGUGCUGUGGUAGUGAGGGGAGAACUAUGUCUGCCGGAUUUCUUCAGUGUGUAUGUGUGUUUUUUUUACUUUUUGGCUGAGUUUCUCUUCGGGUUUUUUUUUUUAACACACCAGGGGUUAGCCUUGCGAUGCUGAAGCAGCCCUUGUCUCUUUACACACACCCUUCCCUACGGUUGUGCUUCAGGCCCCAUCUGCUUCUCCGAAGGAUUGUGAAAUUGGAGGUAUGCUUUCUGGGCUUGGACGUUGCCGCUUUGCCUGGAUAUCUGUGGUGUUGCAAGAAAAGGAGGGGCUUCCAUAUCGUGGGGUGGACUCUUUUUAGACUCAAUACUUUCUCUUUAGCCUUUAUAUUUGUGGGCUGGGAUUGUACUGUAUAGGAAUUGUUAACAGGCAUUUCUUCAGUCGCAGGGAUGCUCAGCGUUGGAAUUGUUAGUGACAGAAACUGGAAAAGACUAUAUCCUUUCCGCCAGACUGUCUCGAUUUCAUGUGUUUGAGAUGCAAGAGAUGCUUCCUGAGGGCCCGUCCUACUCAGUUAUUUUGUCCCUGGGAGUUUUGAGAGAAUUAAGAGGUUUUUGCUAUUAAUUUUGCUCAGUCUGUGCUUUUAAAUGAAUCAGUAGACACUGGUCUGUUAAAGGGCAAGGGCCUUAAAAUUAAGGUAUACGUACUUGCCAUUCUACUUUUAGUAUGAGAACAUUGUUCUCUCUGAUCAGAUUAGAUUUAUUCAAUUUGUGUUUCACAGACGGAACCCCAAAGUGAUUUGCAAUACAAUAAAACUCAGUUAAAAUGAAAUAAAUAUGUUAAAAGUGUUCAUCUGCAAAAAAUACCACCAUACUUAAAAAUAAAAUAACCAUCCCACCCACGUAAGGAUGAACACUGAAAGCAAGACAGUUAGCACUGAUAAAAUGCCCUGGAGAAUCAAAACAUAUUUGCCUGAUGGCAGAAGGUUGGCCUGGGUUGAUGCCUGGGAGGGCAUUCUACCUGGGGAGGGGGGUCACCACAGAGAAGGCUCUGUGGCUUCAUAGGUAAAAUGUUACAGCAUAUCAAAUGAAAUGUGAGUUUUCCACUGUAUGUAGAUUAGAUAGUUGCUGCAGCACACACCAGAUAUCUCGUCUGUGAGCCCAUACUGCUGACCAGACUACCCUACGAUGAACUAAUUACCUGAAUUAUUGUGGCAAGUCACAGUGAGUGGUUGUUUUUUAAACCAAACAUUGGGUGCAGAUGUGUGGUACAAUAGUAAUAUGUAACCAUGGGAUCUAUGGAGUGUAACAGAAUAAAUUCUCUCACCGCUUUAAAUAUGUCAUUAUUUAUAUAGAGAAAAAUAUUGCUUCCGAAGCAAGUCUGAAUAUAGAGCUCUCAUGUUAGUUUAGCCUAAUUGGUAAGUGUAUGUGUGUGUGUAUAUCUAUAUCUAUAUAUACGCACACCUAUCUAUCAUCUAUUUAUGUCUUAUCUAUCUACCUAUCUUACCUGUCUUUACUCAAAGAUCCACAUUCCUCUUCCUUUGAAUAUGGCAGAUCAUCUACAUAGAGGACCUGACAUAGGAAAAUUUGUGGCCUUCCAUAAGUUGUUGAACUACAUUUCCCACAAUCCCUGACCAUUGGCCCUGUUGGCUGUGGCUGAUGGGAGUUGGAGAGCAUAAGGUUCUUCAUCCCUGAUUUUUUGGACUACAACUCCCAUUAUCCCUGGUUAUUAGUCAUAGUGACUGGGGCUGAUGGGAGUUGUAUUCUUAAACAUUUGGAUGGCAUGACACUGACUAUCUUUGUUUUAGGUAGACUGUUAUCACUGAUAAGGUAGUCAAACCCUCAGUUUGAUGCAUUAUUAAUUUAGUGGAGCUUUUAAACUUCUGUCGCAACCGGAAAACGAGAAACGCUAAAAACACACCCAGUAGCUGUCAUUCUCCAUGCAACCAAAGAUCUACAUAGUUGUUGUGGGUGGAAUUCUAUGAGGUCCACUUGCGCAAUGAGACUUCCCCCACCCAAUUCUUACCCCAUGCACACCCUAAACCUGCUAUGGGUUUUCUCUCAACCCUCCAAAACAGAUUCAGGGAGCGCGGAGGAAGGGAGAGUCCCGUUGUGUGAGCAGACCUUGUUCUGUGCAACAACAACGUAGUUGAAUCCCACUCUGUGUUAACAAAAAAGAACAUGCAAAAAUGGUGCUGUCUGCCACAGCAAGAACGGGUAUUAUGUGGCAUCUGUAGUAGUGCCAAUUCCACCAUUAUCUGGCUUUUGUGCUAGACACUUGUGACAAAACCUUGUCGAAGCAAAAGUGGUAUACCCUGGCUGAUGAAGCAGGCUAGAAGACUGCUAGAACGCAAGCGGAUAAAGACUCCAAAUGAAUACAACUGAACACAGAUAUGUGUGGAUUAUCUAGCCUACUCUGUGGCAGUGAAGUCAGCAAAGAAGGGUAACUUCUGUGCUGCAAGUUUGUCCUUGACUUGGUGUGCAGCAGAGCAAUGUAGAGUGUAGUGUGGUGUGGUGGUUUAUAUCCUGGCCCAAAGAAAGUCAGAGUUCUCAAUAGCCUGUUGUGACUUGUUUGCUAGACAUUUUUAGGAUAAAAUCACUUGUAUCCAUAGAGAUGCAGACUCUACUGUCAUGGUAGGUCAGUCUCUUGGGGUGUCUACAGAGCAGUCUGGUCAGAUGCCCUUGGAUGAGUUUCCGUGGGUGCAGUUCAGGGUACUUGGACAAGUGUGGGUUACCAUCUGUAUUUUUGCCCUUCCUGGUUAAUAAUAUUUGGUAGAAUUUGUGUUCCGUUUGUUCUAAUUUAACAAAUGAACCUCUCUUUUGGGUUAACAGCCCCCUGCUCACUUCCUUUCUUCCCUGAUUAUCGCCACAGUUUCUGGAAAAGAGAUUUCUCGUGAGAAUAAUAUGGAGGGGAGACAAGUUUUAUGGUCAUAAAGCCACAGAAAUUAAAUUUGAAAGUCUUCCACCCAAAUUAGUUUUUCUUCUAGCAUAAUUUAGUUUUUCCUCCUAGCAGGCAUGUGUCUCUACAAAAAAAAGCUCUCCAAGUUUGAUCCCUGCCAUAUGAAAUCUCAAUGUUCUAGUCUAGUUCAUGACACCUUGUCAUCUGUGAAUUUGGGUGUCCACGCUGGUGGACAUUGAAACUGCAAGCAGUUCAACAUGCCAGAGUGUUCUGGGACUAUAGAUCACAUGGUGUGUCCCACAAACCCUGAAUUUAUUAAACUUCUAUUUUCCUACCUCUUUUUACUUUGUCUUUAUUACUGUUUAAUUUUAGGAGUUUAUACCUUUCACCUUUGAUAAAAUUCAUAGAGUAGUUUAUAAAACCUUUGUAAAAGUCUUGAGAAAGAAGAGUCAGGAAAACACUUAUUGGCCUCCCAACUAUUCAUGAUCAUAAAACUUCUCUUUCUUGCAAUUUCCCCUAAAUUCAUAAAAUAGAACAAAUGUUAUAGACAAAGCUGUGGGCAGCAGGAGGUCACUGUCUAACAUUCAAGAAUUCUCCACUUUUGGAUUACAGCUUUUGGAGUAACAACCAUUUAAUGUUGAACUGAAAUGAUUAGGCGUAUGUGGAAGAAUUACAAUUAACAGGAAUAGCAUAUUCCUGAAAGAAAUUAAGGAAAAAUUGAGGUAAUAAUGAGAUCAAUGGCUGCCAUCCGUGAAUAAUUCUCCAAUUUGAUUCUGAAGAAGCAUGAAACAGGAUAUAAUCCCAAAUAUCUUGUAAGCUAUUACAGUGGAACCUCAGGUUAUGUACUGUCCUUACAAACGCUUCGGGUAAUGAGCUCCGCUAACCCAGAAUUAGAUGCUCCUUGUUGCGAACUUUGCCCCGGGAUGCGAGCAAAAGUCGCGCAGCUGCAGUGCAGCAGUAGCAGGAGGCCCCAUUAGCAAAAUCACGCCUCAUGUUAAGAACGGUUUCAGGUUAAGAAUGGACCUCCGGAACGAAUUAAGUUCGUAACUGGAGGUACCACUGCAUUGGUAUUGUUUGGGUAACUUCAUUUUUUUAAAAUAAAGUGGCUGCAGCUUGCAUUUUAUAAUUUUCUAUUUUAUGGACAUAUACUCAUAUAUAUGCUUUCAUGUAUAUAUAAUGGUUUAAUGUUUCUUUUUUAUUAUUUCAUUAUCACUUAGAUUCCAAUGAUUUUGUUUUUCAUGAGUUUCAGAGCUUUGGACAAUGUCCCUAGUGCAUAAUACCAAAAUGUAACCAAGUUUUAAUAAGUAUUGGGUGACACUGCCUUAAUAGUUAUCAUUUAGCAAUAUAUCAUAACUCUUGAAUAAUUGAUGUACAUAUUUACCUCUGCUCUUAGGAAUAGUUGAUAGGUUUUUAAUUUCUACCUAUUACAGGAACUUUCUCGACAUUUUCUAUUUAGGUGGUAUAUAAUGUUGUCAAAUCUUACUGCAGAAUUCAGUGCUGCAGCUAGCCAAGAAUGUACCAUAUUCCAAAAACUUCGAUGUUGUAGACCUUGAUAUGCUAGAUACAUAUGAAAAUGUGAUUAUUUGUGUCUUGUUAUAGGACAUGAUGGUUAUUUUCAUGGUCUCCAAAACCACUUGACUGUCCUCACCUGCUGAGAGGCAUUGAUUUUUAAAAGCCCACAGCGUGUGUACAAGGAUGAAGUGGUUACAUUUAGGAAAAGUUGCUUAAGGAGUGUUUGAUACACAUUUUUAAGUUUUCCGAAGUCCUGCUUAAUGACCCAUCUCCCUGGUCUCUUUCUGUGAAAUUAGAGCUAAGCCAAUGGCAAAGUGAGUCUGUGACACUCCUGCCUGUAAAACUCCUCUGUGACAUCAGAACAGAUCAUCAGAUCAGACACUGGCGUCAGGAGGAGCCGGAGAGAGGGUGGCCAGCGCUCAGAAGAAAGUGUUGGGGAGAGCAGGACUGUGAUGAAGUAGGUUUAACGGUAACUGCUUUGCUAAUGGACCCUUGGCUAUUUGUAGAAUAAGUGUCCCUAUUGUUUCUUUAAAGUAUUGGAGGUUAUUACUUUUCCUUUAGAUGAUAGAUGUCGCUUUUGGUACUGAAAGAGCCAUCACAUGCCUUAAAGUCUAAUGGAGGAGGCCCUGCUACCCAGGCAGGCAAGAUGAGAACAGGGCUUUUUUAAAAUCUUUUUUUACAGGGAAUUGCUGCGUUUUACAGAGGGGAAACCUAAACUGAAAUCAGUGGAAAAUGUAAGGAGCCAUGUUAUGGGUUGGUUACAAUAUCAUCAGUUACAUGAAAUGUUUAAAAUAAACAGGAAAAAUGGUUUUUCGGACCACAGCUCACAAUUUGAAAAAGAACUUCUACAAAACAAAGAAAAGCUUUUGUCUAAAAUGUACAAUCUGUUAUUAGAUUGGGAAACAAAAGAGGAGCUUGUCAAAGCCUCUAUGUCUCUAUGAUACACUGGGCAAUAGAUAUGGGACAUAAUAAUAGGUUUUAACUUAGGCCAGGCUUCUUCAACCUUGGCCCUCCAGAUGUUUUUGGCCUACAACUCCCAUGAUCCCUAGCUAGCAGGACCAGUGGUCAGGGAUGGUGGGAAUUGUAGUCUCAAAACAUCUGGAGGGCCGAGGUUGAGGAAGCCUGGCCUAAGUGGUUUGUUUUGUUGUGCAUGUUGAUAGUGGAUUUACUGAUUUUUUACAAUCCAGUUUGAAUCUCUGGAAUUUAAACAUUGUAGGGUGCAAUAAACCAGAAGUUCAGUGUCCUUUUGAUUUUGCUGAGGGAACUUUAAUUCUCUUCCUUUGAAAUCGAAGGAAUUUAUUUUUUGCCUGGAUUGCACUCCUUGUAGUUAUUUAUUUAUACCCCACCCUUAUCCCUGCCUUUAUAGACAUUAAUAAUAAUCUUUGAGCUGAUGGGUGAAAAUGUGUGGGUGGCAGCUAGGAACUUUUCAAUCUGAAAAAUAGACAGGCUAUCCAUGGGAUAGAAUGGCAAAGUGUGCAGGAUUCUCCACAUAUUUUACUGAGGGAGCAAUAGGAAAAUAUUAGUGUUGGUAGAGUGCAAACUCUGUGUGUGCAGAUGUGUACACAAGUUGCAUACCAAUAACUUAAAUGGAGCACUUAACAGAAAUGGUUAGGCGUGUAGACUGUUAAAGUGGGGGGAAAGGAGUUGGAAAUGCAUUUUGAGGUUGCCUGACUCUGUUGCUAUGAUGAAAUUUUGUAUGAUGGAAUCUUAUUUCACAUCUGUGAUUGCCCAUUUUGAAAUAUGGUUAUUGACUCAUGCUUUCACAGGUGUAUGAAUACCUAAGGUAAGACAAGGAGGGGUUCCCAGAUAAUUACUUUGAUAACUGGCAGACUGAAUUCUGUCUUGUGAUUUUCAAAUGGCCUACAGACAAAUUUGGAGGUGAGAAUAUAACUAAUAAAAUCUCAGUAGCUCAUAAAGUUGAACUUUCUGCUUACAAUCGAAACAGCCCAGAGUUAUUGAGCUUUUUUGGGGGAGGAUUGCCCAGAGUUGUUGAGCUUCUUUUGGGGGGUGGCCGAGAGUUGUUGAGCUUUUUAAGCCGCCCAUCGCCCGCCCUAUUACCGCAGCAAUAGCCAAUCAAAACCAGCCUUUGCUGCAGCCACAAAUAACACCCUAAAUAGCCACUGACAAUCUCCAGUUCGCGGCAGCAACCAGUCCCACGUCACCCCUAUGCACUAUCCGUGUAUAAGACGAACCCCUAUUUUUAACAUAAGUUUCUAGUAAAAUAACCCCUCAUCUUAUACAUGGAAAAGUACAGUAUAUAUGCCAAUCAUAUUAAUUUACUAAAACACUUGAUUAAGAAGAUGCUUCCCAAUUAAUUGGGGCAAAAAAAAUCUUCAGCUGGCCUCUGUUGCCUUUAAGGUGGUAAUGACACAUACAAUUCAAACUAAAUAAUAAAAUCUGAACCAAAUCCAUUCCAAAUAAAACCAAAUAAUUGCUGUGAUCACUGUUCUUUAUAAUAUGAGGUAGUAUAACUUGUAUCUUUAUUAUUGUAUUCCUUUUAAUGUUGUCAUUGCAAGCCACCUCAGAUGACGUUAGGUGGGAAAACUAAGUUGCUGUGGGGCUCUAUCCAUCAGAUGCCUCCUUUGGUGCAAUUUCCGUAGGUUUGAAUGAAAUUUGAAUUGGAAGAUAAUUUACUUGGCGGCACUGAUUAUUGUAUUCUAUAUUGGUUUUGUACCACUUUUUUCUAUUUAGAAUUUAUCAGACACACCAUGCCAAAGGAGACAUGUGCUCAUACUCUCUCCCCCGCCUCCCCACAGUCUAUUUAGUUAUUCCUUGGUUUCCAUGUCUAUUCAAAAUUCAGUGAGACUUGCUUCUAGAUUAAUGUGUAUAGGAUUGCUACUGUUUUACACAGUUUCCUGGGAGUAUGCCUUGUUGAAUUAAGUGGAAGCUCACUUCCAAGUAUAUAUGUCCAAGAUUGUGUCAUAAAUCUCCUAAAGUUCACUGAAGAAUUGCUGUUGAUAGACCCUAUUUUGUUCUGGCGCUAGAAGGGUAAAAGGACUAAAGCUUUAUUUGAAGAAUACCUGCAAUAUCCUGGCAGUCCUGGCUCCAGUCAAACCUAAUCUUUUGCUUUUGUGAGCAUUAAAUUCAUGCUUGAAAAGAGCCUGAGUAGUUUCCACUGAUUAAUCAAGUGUAGCAUUUUAAAUCUGAUUGCCUGGUAGAAGUAAAAAAGUGUGAUAAAGAAAACCAACAUUUCUGUCACAUGUUUGGCUAGUGAAUCAUUCUAUUUAAGUUUGAAUGGUGGCAUUUAUCAAUAGGGGUAGACUGUCAGGGUUGCUAAUAAUUUGAGCUUUUCAUUGGUAGCAAUUUAUUGGAUAUCUGUAAAUCUGUCCCUUCGCAAGGCAUUUCGCUCACUGGAAAUGCUUGCGAGAGUGGAUCUCAGUUAAUUUCACGCUGCAGAAUAUGGGUGGAAUCCUGUUGGUGUUCUUAAGUUUAUGGGAAGAGUUCAGAUCCAGUGGAUGCCUCCACAAACAAAAUAAGAGGGGAGGUAAUUUCUGCUGAUUCCCUGCCCUGCGCUCCCCCCCCCCCCCAGCAGCCUUUGAAAAUUGGCUCCAGAGAGAUGGGGAAACCUUUCAGAACAGGGUGGGAGGUGGUGUGGAAGGCUUUAGUGGGUGGAGGGGGAGUGGUAUAGGCAGAAAUCAUCUCCUCCUUCCCAGGCAGUUGUUGGAUCACAAGCCCUUCUGAAAGUGCAAGGGCAGCAAUUGGAUUCUACCCUCUGAAGAAAUCAAGACUUUGGUGAUGUGAAGGAUAUUUUUUUUGCUCUUCAUUCAACCUCCCAACAAUGCAAUGAGCGCUGGUUGCUGAUGCCCAUUGAGACAGAUAGGGCAAAAGGCAGGGAAGGUAGCAGCAGGUGGAGCCAGAACCAGUGACAAGCAGAGCCAAUUCAUUCUCAUUUUGUUCCCAUCCUCCUGAUUUCACAUUUCGUUUCUUCAUGAAUCUUCCAGAAUACAGUAUUCACCAAUUACAAGAGCCACUGGAUAAAGAAUGUUGAGACCUCCAUGCAGGGGAAAAAAGGUUCCGUUACCGAACAACAGUGAGGCAGGAUGGAAUAUUACAACCAGAUCACAAGGUGCAGUGAUGCAGGUCAAUACCUCUCGCUUUAUAAUAUAUAUGCAACACUUGAGUGAUCCAUUGUCCUGCACCAGCCCUGCCAACUCAAUUUGAUUACAUGUCCUUGCCAAGAAGCAUAAGAGCUCUUGCACUAUCAGCAUAUUUUGGAGUGGUGUUUUAAACCCCCCCCAUCCCAAAAAAUCACCAUAUAUUUCUUCCAUCCUCUCUCCUACAAGUGUUAAAUUGAUACUUGAAAACAAACACCCACACCCACCAGCAGACUUAUUCAUUUGUUUAUUUUAUUGAGAACAUUUAUAACUCACCCUUCAUUGUGAUGGAUUCCCAUGGCAGGGUUCAAGCUACAGAUUCUAUGAAACUUCGUGAAACAGCCAUAAAUCAUCAGAACAAACCUAGCAAUAAGACCAGCUAAAGUCACAAAGCAAUCUAUCUGCCAGAGUUAAAACCCUAAAAACGUUAGCCUUAGAUGCUAACUAGUUUAUGGAAGCUGUGGAAAGCAUGUGUUCUCUGGGGUGGCGGCGGAGAGAGAAAUGUUGCAGGCUGUGUGUAUGUUUAGAAAGAAAGUCAAUAAUGGUUUGUUUGCGGGGUGGGUCCCAAAGAAUCUUUAGUCUUAACUUGAGGUAAUGCUACUGGCUUGUGUCGUUGCCAGGGAUACCCUUGUCAUGGUUGUCCAGGGCCCGUGAUGGUGUCAUUCUUUCCUCUAGUCUUUCACAGAGAAGGUCUGCCAGCUUGCAUCAGUACAAUACACCACCUGCUGUGUGCAUCCCCAUUGCGUUGGUUACUUAUCUACACCGAGAAUGAUGAUUGUGGAGUUUUUGUCUUUGGUUUACACUUCUUUCCACCAAACAUCACAGUCGUUUUCAAAUGCAGAAUACAAUACUGGCCUGCAACUAGGCUUUUUUUUUGAGAGCCGCUUUCGAGAAGGGAGCAGGGGUGAGUGGGGUGACUGGAGCCCCAUUAUUUGGAGAUAAACACCCUUCUUUCACCUUGAGGUUGGCUGUGUGUGUAAGAGAGGGAGAGAGCGCAGGCACAUCAUUCUGUUAAGAGGCUUAGUUUGGCCCAGGAGUGUGUGUUGACCGAUCUGCAAUGUUUGACCUUAUGCUAACAAUCUACGUCUCUGGCUCUUGCUCUGUGCCCUUCGUCUACCUGGAAUGUGGUUCCAGAAACAGUAGAAUCAUAGAGUUAAAGAGUUGGAAGGGAUCUUGAGGAUCAUCUAGUCCAACCCGCUGCAAUGCAGGAAUAUACAGUUGUCCCAUACCGGAAUUGAACCUACAACCUGUAGUUCUCUUAUGGGGCUGCUUGGAUAGAAGGAAGGGAUAUUCACUGUUCAGAAGGGCAUUUCUGAGCAGCCUAUGAAUUGCCUUCAGUAAUUAAAGAAAACUGACUUGGACUAUUCCCAUGUAAAAUAAUCCAGUUGUUCUUUUUUUAAAAAAAUAACGCUUCUGUUGAUCCCUUUUAUAUACGAGUUGUUCCUUUUUGGCUACGUAAGCAACAGCAUUCACACCAGAAAAUAAAAGGAAUGGUUACGUAUUGUGUCAUAUUGAUGAUGCUUGAUCUGAAAAACAGGUUCUUUCCCCAUGAUUCCUUAUUUGCAGAAAAGCAGUUUAAAAAAAAUAAAAUAUAGUUAUAUCCUGCUUUUCUACGGUCACAGAACCCAAGGUGGUCUACACGUGGUUCUUAGAUAACCACCCAUCCUGUCGCUGAUCACACCCAGGCUGGCUUAACUUCAACAAGGUGUAGCCUAGGACCUUUAACUUAGUGUGUUUUCUAGGUUGUCAUUGAAUCAUUUCAAAGCAACCUAUAAAUAUAGGUAGGUUUUACAUAUCUGUAUUCAAACUUAAUCUUAACCAGGUGAUUUUUUAAAAGUUAAAUCUGAUCCCCCCCCCUUUUUUUAAGUUUGCCCUGAUUUUUUUUUUGGGGGGGGAGUUUGGGAAUCAUUGACUUAAAUAGAAAUAGUUUGAUCAGAAUUAGUCACUGAAACUUACUGCUUUUGUCCUCCCCCCCCCAUGUAAUCCCUUAGCCAGUAAUAUAUUUCUGUUGAUUAAACGGAUGUUUCCUCAUAUUGCUGGCCUUCUAAUAUUUGCUGCCGUUAUCCCCAGCAGGUUGUAAGAACUGUAUCAGGUUCCCUCCCCCCUCAUUCUUAAUUUCUUUUUCCUGGCAUUGUUUCCUUUAUCUUUAUUUGCUUCAAAUACACAGAACUGGAUCAACCCUAGAUACUUGUAGGAAAUCUGUGCUCCAAGCAUGGGCCCUAUGUAGCUAAAACAUUGCCAUUCACAGACAUGAUGAGGGUAUCAGCAGCUUUGAGGGAAAUGUCAGGGUUUGGAGAAGUACAAGAAAUCCUCAGGGGGAAACAGCUACCACCUAGUGAGCCUGCGAUGUAGACUGAUUAUUGCUAGCAGGGAUGGGACCAGGAGGUGUGGAAGGGAGUAUCGUGGAAAUGGGUAUGGCUGCGAGGAACCCUGAAUAGGAGCAUUCCAUUCUGCAACAUUUUGCUGCAGUCUCGCUUACAGCAUGCAUAAUCUAACCAUAUUAAUAACAGCAGUUGCUUGUAUACAUGCUUUUAUAAAUCUUCCAAGUAGUUUGGGGAUGGUUUCUUCCAAUGCUGCAAUUAACUCUUAUUCUUUAUUUUUUUCCAUUUCAGAACUUACAUUUAGAAUAUGAGGUGAUGAGGGCAACAGCAUGAUUUCUAUAUCAAUCUUUUAAAUCACUUUCGUCUCUUCUCCAGAUUCAUAAUUUAGUACCUGCCAUUAAGUUAGCCAAAGUUCUUCCAAGAGGCUGAUCCGAUGGUCUUGCUAUUCUGGGCGGCUGAUCUGCCAGCACUGUGCUAACGCAAUGUUGCCGAGAAACGUAUACUCUCCCCAAGCAGUGAAGUCAAAAGCACAAGAACAGAAUCACAAUAAUGCUUGCUAAUGAAACCUCUACUUUAGCCAUGCGUGGAAGGCAGCAAGCAUCACAUAGCAAGGAGUGGAAUGCCAGAAUGGUGUUGCAGAACUUUCCCCCACACAAUGUACAAGUUAGAAGAGCCCUCAGACUUUUUCUGGCAGAGAUGCCUAUGAGCCAGUAGUCAGUAGGUCUCGUUCAUGCAAGAUCGAGGGCAGGGAAGGCAAACAACAAGGGCACCAGAGGCACCACUGUGACAUGACUGGUAGUUCUAGUGGGUUAAAACAAUGCAGUAGUGGAUAGGGGGUUUGAAUUGCAAUGUAAAUGGGGCCUUCACAAGGGAAGCAUACUAUUUAGCAGUGAUAAUUUUGGGUGGACAAAGGAGAAGCAGUUCAUUUAUUCAUUGGUGACAUUUUGAUGACCAUCCACCAACCAAGUCUUUGGGGUGGUUUAAAAAACUUAUGAAUCAAUGAAAUAUGUUACCUGAAAUGUGUAAAUUGACAUUUGUGGUUGUGUUUUGCCAUGUAGGUUGAGCAUGGCCAUUUAUUUGGCGAUGCAAGUGUGUCAUUGCUUGACCCCAUAUCUCCCCAGAACCAGCUGGGGUACCAGCUGGGUAUUUUUCUCCCUCAGUACAUGUUCACUACUGUAGCCAUGACCAAAAUUUUGAGGUCUUUCUGCUGGUAAAAUGUGGGCACACCCUUUAAGAUUAGUCCUUUCAUAGGCAGUUAAAUGGCUGGUAAGAUCAAAUAUUAGAGUUGGGAGCAAAGCAUUCUACUUCCUCAAAUGUACAUAUUUAGAAGAUGAAUACUGAACAAUCGCUUGCCAAAUUCACAGGCAAAUUUAUAACAACCUCUUUAAGAAAAAUAUUGCUGGGAAGGAAAAGAAAAAGUCUCAUGUUUUUGUGCCAAAAUAUGCUGGGGAAAAGCUGGAAGAAAUCCUCUGAUUGGCCCUUGCCUUUGAAUGCUUAAAGCUGAGUUUCAUAGAACACAAAGUGGCUUUUCAAAUAAAAAUGUAAACCUUUUGUUUGAGGAGUAAUCUGAAAAUAGCAAUGUAAAACAUAUAUAUUGAGAUGCUCAGAAGCUCAGGGGAUAGCCGUAAUCCAGUGCAUAUUCUUUAUUUACUUAUGGAAGUACUAAGAGUGUUAAGUGUGACACAUUUGCUGGGGAUUUGUUACUUUCCAUAAAAUUUAACUACAUAUCUAUAUGAGAUUAGGGUCACUCCCCCCCCCUCCCCGGGCAGUGUUUCGCAGUUAUGGUAUGCCUGUGUGGUAAAAGUAGGAAUGUGAAUGAGAUGAAUUCUGCAGUGGCCAUGUUUACACACUGUGCUAAAAUAUGAUUUAGUACAGUGGUGCCCCGCAAGACGAAUGCCUCGCAAGACGGAAAAACCGCUAGACGAAAGGGUUUUCCGUUUUGAAGUUGCUUCGCAGGACGAAUUCCCCUAUGGGCUUGCUUCGCAAGACGAAAAUGUCUUGCGAGUCUUGAGAUUUUUUUUUCGCUUUCCCCCCCCUUUAUCUAAUCUGCUAAGCCUUUAAUAGCCUUUAAUAGCCUUUUAGCAGCUAAUCCCCUAAGCCUUUAAGCCUUUAAUAGCCGCUAAACAGCUGAUAGCGCUAAUAGCGCUAAUCCGUCAAUGGGCUUGCUUCGCAAGACGAAAAAACCGCUAGACGAAGACUCUUGCGGAACGGAUUAAUUUCGUCUUGCGAGGCACCACUGUACUUUGUGCAUGAGCAGGAAGAAGCUGAUGCAAACCUUGGGAUCUUGAUCUCUACCCUCUCCUUUCCUGUGUGGCUGGGAGGAAGGCUUCACCAGAGUUUCCUUUCACUUUUCACCAAACUUCGAUUGUCCUUAUGCAUGCACUAGAGAUUGUGGUUUAGAACAACCCACUUCAUACAUUGGGUUAUACAGUUAGCCUUUUCAACUAACCAGGGUUUGUCUUAAACUAUUAUCUCUGGUUCAUAUAACAUGAUAAACCAAGAUGAGUGGAAAGUAAAAACAAAACCUAGGAAAGUCCUCCUGGCCACAUGGGAGCAGGGAGUGCACGAUCCCAAGGCUUCGCUUCGGCUCAUUACAGCUUGUGCACAUAGGGCAAACCAUGGUUUAGCAUUACAUGUGAACUGGACCAGUGACUGGAGGUGAAAGAGUUCCACUUCAGCAGUGCAUAAAAUGAGGUUCUGCAGAAUAUUAUGGGAGGAGGAAUAAAUGGAUUUCUUUACUCCGAAUUUUCUGGCUGCUGUUGCUCUUGUUCUAAUUGUCCUUUGCAGAGGUGUCAGGGUUCCUUUUUCUUUUCAGUUUAAUUACAGAGAAAAUAAUUAACUUGAGCACCAAGUGGAGGAUUUGGGACUUGUGAAAAAAACAUUCCAAAGAAAAUCCUACUCUGUUCUGUUCCAAGAAUAUACUAGCCUCGGUUGAGAGACAACAAACCCAGAAAGCAUCUGUACCAAGAAGGCACAAAAUUUCAUUUUAAAUGCAAUUGUAUAUUUCUUUUAGAAUAUCUGCACCCUUUAAAAAACCAUUGAAAGUGAAAUACAUAUGUGUAAAAUGAGAUGAGAGGGGAGAGGAGGGAAAUGAACCUUGCUUGAGGAAAAGGUCUGUGGGUUGAGCAGUUCUGAAUAAGUGAGGGAAAAGCUGGCAUGGCUUGUACAUACUUGCAUACAUACUUUCCCUUGUCUGAAGCCUCUUUGCAUAAUACUUUUAUUGCCAGUUUUACAACAGUCAAACUUUGGAGUUUCAGGGAAACGUAGAAUCAAGCAGGUGCUUGCCUGGGAAAUUUUUUAUCUAUAGUUACGAAAAACCAAAUUCUGAUUUCACAAGAGAGGCAUCCCUGUGGGUGAGCAGUUAUGUGUGUGUAUGGCAAAAGACUAGUUUCUUCAUCUGCAAAGCAGCAUAGUUGCUAUGAGAGCAGGUUGAUGGGCCCUCUAUUCAGUUGUCAUUUCAGCUUCCAGGUGGCUUUAGGCAAGCCACUGUCUCUCUGCCUCAGCCUUCCCUUCUUUUACAGGGUUGUUGUAAAGAUAACAAAAAUGAUAUCUCUGAAGCAUUGUAGCAAGUUUAGGCACUAUAUUCAUACCUCCCACAAUAUAUUUUCUUAUUUGGCAACAGGCAAAGUCGCAUUUAUUUUCACGGGCCUUUUAAAUCGUGUUUUUACUCUCUAGUAUUAUGCUGUGUUUCAAUGUGGCUGAUUUACUCUGUGAAACUUGUUAGGCCUUGUACUGUGGCUUCUGAUAUUUAAGGUUCAUGCACCUUUUUGCUUGACCCAUAUUUUGAUUGUAUUUCAUACCAGUUAAUUCCCCUAGGUCAGAGAGUUUUUCUCCUUGUUCUGUGGCUGUGCCUUGCGAAAAUUCAAUCCUGCCCACCAAAUCGAAUUCUAUCAGAUGUGUGAAAAAUCCGAAGGGACACUUUGCUUAGCUGAACUUUGAUUCAGCGGGCAAGAUCGAAUUUUCCCAAGGCACCAGCCAUGGAACAACAAGAAAAGCUGUCAGACUCAGGGGAAUUAAUCAGUACGCAAUACAAUCAAAAUACGAAAGUGUUGAUGAAACCUUUUAGACUUCUCUGAUUUAAUAAAUAAAUAGUGCUGCUGCUGCUGUAUAGAACUUUAUUUAUAUGUUUUUAAUGAGCUUUAAACAUUUUUAAAUUAUUCUGAAGCAUCACCCAAAGGUGCCUUCCCCAUUGUGAUACCCUCCAGAUGUUCAACAUCAGCUCCCAUCAGUUGCAGCCACCAUGGGAUGAUGGGAGCUUAAUACAUCUUACAGUCUUGUACUGCAACACCCACAGUAACUCAAUAUCUCAUUUCAGUUGCAUAGACCUCAGCACCUGCCUUCACCUGAUCCCUGUAUAAUAGCAGGGGCAAGGUAGAGUUUCUCACACUUUAUUAUAUUGCUCAGCAUAGCAAUAUGUCAGUUUUUAAUGUCCAGAAUUAUAUAGGAUAAGGUGUGACAUUUGAAAGUUGCUUCACUGUUGGCAUAAUGUAAAUUAUGAAUGCUUAUUGCCUGAGAAACGUUAUUUGCAUCACUCAGCUGUCCUCUGCAAGUCUGGAUUCUAUUUUCACACUGAAAAAUAAGCUCUUUGUGUGCACAUCUUACAUAAGGUUGUGAUAUAGAAAUUAAUGAAAACACUUGUGUGCCUUUAAGGGGAGUGCCUGAUGUAGAGAGUUUUGGGCUCCAUUCGGUAGGAGUACAGAAAACAGAGACUGGCUAGAGACAAAGUUGAAGAAAAGGUGAUUAUUUCAAGUUUCAUAAAACAGCUGUAUCCAACUAAGUUAUAUUUGGAGUAGACUUGAAGUUCGACAAGUUCUGAGUACCAGAUGCUAGGUGCAAACAGCAGGGAUGGACAUUGCUUUCACACCCUGCUUUUGAGCUUCAAUAGGAUUCCAGUGCUGCAACACCAUUGGAGACAGGAGUGAGACCCUGUCAGCAUAUUGCAUCCUUGCUCAGGGAUCUCCACUGGCCUGUUUAUUAUGAGACAAAUUCAAUGUGUUUUUCAAUGUAUAUGAAGCUUAUACAAAUGCCAUCUAAUGUUGGUUCCGCCCUUGGGAGGGAUCUUACCUUUUAGUACAGUACCACUUAUGCUCUGAAUGCCUGCAAAAAUACUUUUUUAUUUAGGCAAGCCUACCGGGACACGUAAUUGUAUUAUCUGUACUGCAUCUUGAGCUCUGUAGAUUUCACCUAUAUUUCAAGGAGCUCUGACUUGCCCAGAACCUCACUGUGCAUCCCUAGCAAAGGUAAGGAAUCUAUUUCCCAAAAGCUUCUUUCUUCCCAGCUCUUUCCCCUCUUCUCUCCCCACCUUUCAGCUUAAUGUUUUUUGUCCUUCUGCUGCUGCUUAAUCAUUCCCCAUUUUCUGCCUCUAAUCCCACUUAAUUCCCUCCUUUUACUUCAGUUCUUCCUCUUUCUUGCUUUACAGUGGUACCUCAGGUUACGAACAGUCAUGCUUAUGAACGCUUCAGGUUACGAACUCUACAAACCCGGAAGUAGGUGUUCUGGGUUGCGAACUUUGCCCCGGUAUACGAACGCAAUCUGCUUCAGGGGCUGCGGGAGCCUAUGUGGGGAAUGUGCGCCUCGGGUUAAGAAUGCUUCGGGUUAAGAACGGACUUCCGGAACGAAUUAAAUUCAUAAUCUGAGGUACCACUGUACUGCACUGAGGUUGGGAACAAUGGCAACAGAUUAACACAGACCAGGGUCCUGUUUCUUUACCAAAGCACUGCUGUGUCAGUCAUAAUGUUAGCAGUGUAGUCUGGCAGCAGUGUCAGAGUUCUCCUCCUACUGGUGGACGUUGACUAAGGCAUCUAUUCUAACAGUCAAAAAAGGGGGGAAGUUUAAACAUGAUUCUGAAAUGUGGUAACAUCUCACAAGGCAGUUGCAGGCAACACUUUCGUCUCUUGAGCUUGUUGAAGCUACAGAGUGGAGCAAAGUUGAUGAAAUUUGCUAGCUGAAGAAUUGUGCUCCAGCUGCUGCAGUCCUUGAACAUAUUAAGAAAAAAGCUGUCCACAGGGUGGAGAUGCGGGUGGAAGUCUGGUUGCAAGAAGUCUGGCACAAUUGAAGAAAGAUAACAUGACAAAAAUAGAAAUGCUGACCCACACAGGCAUAAAAUUGUCACUGAGCACCCCAUAGUUUAUAUUUUUCUGGUUUUAAGUUGAGCAGCAACAUGCAAUGCUGUAUUUUCAGCAGCAGCUACGUUUGUUCAUGAUUCUUUAGAGAGUGCAUAUCUGUAAGUUUUAAACUGUUUUUAAUAUUGUCGGCCCUGGGACCUUAGGGUGAAGAGCAGGCAAUAAAUAAAUAAAUAGCUUUCUGUUGAGUACAAUUUGGAUAGUCCGCCCCCAGAGGCUAGUAGAAUCCAAUGAAUUUGUGAAUGCCUUGGGUUUCUUCCCCAAGGGAUACAGGAAGUGACCAUGUUGAAGGGCUUUUUUGUGCUAUUGAAUAGUAAGAUGUGUAAGGAUAUUGAUACAGCUGCCCCCAGUAACCUCCAGAUUGGAUUUCUUUACCAUGCUCUAUGUGGGACUGCCCUUGAGGCUGAUGCAGAAACUGCAGCUAGUGGAAAUGUGGUGGUUCAACAGCUCACUGGGGUGAAAUAUUGCAAUCAUUUUACAGUAUGCCGUUACUGAAGGAGUUCCAGUGGCUGUCAAAUAGCUGUUUGUGUAGCUUCAGGGUGCUGGUAUUUAUGUCGGAUAUAAAAGAUUGCCACAUCCGUUACAUAUCCAACUCAUCACUGUGUUAAGCCUGACUUAAUUGCUUCUGGUGCAGUGGAACACCGUGACAGAAACCAGAGUGCAUGGAAACACUGUGUACCUUCUCACCACAGCAGUACCUUUUUAUCUACUUUCACUGGCGUGCUUUUGAACUGCUAGGUUGGCAGUUCAUGUGCAACAUGAAGCCACUUGACAAGACUGCUUUCCCUUCAGCAUGAUGAAGUUCUGCAGUUGCUGUUUCAUAUGAUGGAAUCUAUGUAAAAGUUGGCUCUUUCAUCACCACAUGCUGGGCUAACAUCUUAUCAUGAGGGUGUUUAUAACGCUUCUUUGAUGCCCACACCAUACCGCAAACUGCUCACAGAAACACUCAGUUACAAAAGAAGCUUUUCUUGUGUGCCAAUGAAGAGCUUUUCUCAUGGGAAUAUGGAUCUAGGCUUGUUGGUGUAGGUUGACUGAAAUUAGUGAUAAAAAUUGCAAAAGAGUCAACAGUCAUGUCACCACCCAAAGUAAGUUUAAAUCAAAAAUGGGAGAGGGAGAGAGAAGAUUUGUGGGAAUAAAAUGAAUAAUAAAAUGAAUAUAGUUGGGAUCCACCCAACUUUUCUCUAUUAAUCAUUAUUUAUUGGAUUUGUUUGUUUCGUUAUUUAACUACAUUAAAAGCAUCUCAGCCACUUCUAAAAGGCCACAGAUAGUAUAAGGCCAUAGACCUGUUUAUAGAAGAAAGGUUUUGCCUGGUGCCGAUAGAUACAUAAUUAUGGUGCCAGGCAAGUACCCCUGGGGAGAAGGUUACACAAACGGGGAGCCACUGCAGAAAAGGUCCCUCCAGACCUCUUGGGGACAUUUGUAUGUGAACAGAGCUUCCCUCGCUCUCCUCCCACCUCUGGGACAUUCAGGAGAACCCCUACAACAAAGAGUGGCAAUUGUUGCAUCUGAUAAGCUUGCACAAACUGAUUUUUUUUUAAAUGGCUCAGAGUUUGAAUUCCACCCCAUGUUAUUCUCUAAUAUGCACAACAGUGUAAUAUUGUUCCCAGCACUGAAGUGAAUAGAGUUCUAGAACUGAUGUACUCUUUUUGUUUUGAUUUCCAGAGUUAACACCAUUUAACACAAGUAGCAACACUUGCUGUGUGCUAGUCUCAAGAAUGCAAUUGCUUCAGUUUGAUUAAACAUGUACUUUGGGAAUAUAGUCGUGACGCAUGAGUAGGAUAAAAAGCUGUGCUUUUCCUAGUCUCUUGAAACUUAACUGUUUGCUUUGUAGUGAAAUUAAAAUUCCCAUUAAGUAUUGCUGCUGCGCAUUCAUUAAUCUUGUUCCAGUAAUUAUUUCAGAUGUAUUUGUUUAUUGUUCCAAGAGGUGUCUGCAGGUCUCCUCCUAUAUAAUCACAAUUCCCUAAAGAUGUACAUGGAGAUGCUGGUUUUGAUCCCUAAAGCUCUAAAUAGCUUGGAUUAUCUUUAGGAAUAUUUUUUCCGAUACGAACACUGCAGGCAUGCCCAUUGACAUUGCUAAACAAUAACCUGCUCCACUUAGUUUGUGCUCUAGAAGUUCUGCUAGGCCUACUGUAUGCCUUUGUUUUCUGAAAAGUUUUUAGUUACCUCUUACGCGCUAUCAGGUUUUUUUUUAUUUGCUGUUGGUUAUUUAGUCAUUGGCUUGAUUUCUAAGUAGGCUUCUGCAGAUGGAUGGGACCGAGAUUCUGCAGACAAUCCCACCAGUGGGUGAAACAAUAUUUUUGAUGAUUUUCCUUCCCCUUUUAGCCCCUUGCACCACAUUUCAUAAGAAUCUAAGAAUAACCCUGCUGGAUCAGACCAAAUGCCCAUCUAGUCCAGCAUCCUGUUAUAACACUUCUGGUUGGCUGGUUAUUGCCAUGCUGGCCAUGAUCUCCACAAUAAAUAAAUAAAAUGCUUGUAUGGACAACUGAAUUCCAUAGGUUUCUGAAAAAAUAUUUCUUUCUCAUUGCCAACUUUCUUUUUUGGGGGGGGGGGGAUACUGCACAAGAGGUAACUAAAACCUCUUCAGAAUACAAAGGCAUACAUACCUUGAGAUUAGUCCAAGCUAAUCUCUUCACCCGUAAACAGGCUGUGAUAUUAGCAGCAGGCUUAUUAUUAGCAGGGUUCCACUUUUAUGUCUAACUGUUCCCAAAUGGCUGGUUUGGGGCUAAAGUCUUGAACUGGGUGUAUGAGAGCUUCACAAUCAAGUACAGUAUUGUAAUUCAACUCCAGUUUAUUAUUGGCAUUCUUGAAAGUGUGAUUCCAUUCAUAGUGUGACAGAGUUACAGAAGUUAAACAGUGCAGGAUAUCAGUGCACCAUCUGCUAAAUUAUGCUCACAGUAAUGGAGUUCACACAUCACAUAGGGGAUAUUGUGUGAGAGAAAAAGAAGUUUUAAAAUAUUAUCUUACCCGUGAUUCAAAGGAGCGAAGAUUAAUAUGCAGCACCUGCAAAGCCUCUGUGUAGCUCAUGAAAUUUAAUGGAUUGCUUUUCAUUAGUAAAUAAUUAUGAGGAAUGGUGCUUUGGUGUAGUCUGUUUGCUGACUAAAGAGAAAUAAUUGAAAUUUAACAAUUCUUAAACUCAGCUAUAAAUCUGCAAGCUCUUGUUUUGAGUUCAUUCUUCAUCAUAGUUUUGCUGCUGCUGCUGCUGCUGUUAAGCAGCUCAAGAGAGGAUUCAAAGUUCGCCUGGCUUUGGUUGCUUGAAUUUCAGUCUGUUUGGAUAGAAUACUUCCUUAGGUUGUAAAGAAAGGCGCUUGUAGAUGUGUCUCUGUUAUGGAAUGUCUAGCUGUACAGAAUGUUCUUGUUCACUCAACUUCCGGGGUGUUCACUCAACUUCCGGGGUGGCGCCAUUGGCAAUGGCGGACUCCCUCUGAACUGGAGGGACCAGCUCCGCAUGAAACGGGUCUUUUCCGCUACGGCGAAGCGGGGACCCUUCUGGAAAUCACAGGCGGAUGAAGCCUGUGACCGUGGGACUCGGCGGGCACCCUUAGCGCCCCCCCAACCCGCAAAGGAACCCACUAACGGGCUCCGAAGCGAAGAGGGGGAAGUGGCGCGGUGCUGUGAGUCAAUUGCUUUUUCUGUGGAGCGAAGCCGCAUAGCCGUUGCCAGAGAGCGCUGCCUUUUUCCUGGGACAAUUUGGCAUCUAAAAUAACCACCCGUGAGUACUGGAACAUUGAACAUUUGGACUUUAAAUAAGAACUGGCGAAAUAGAAAGGAAUUUGGACUUAAAAAUUUACCUUAAUUUGGUACUGAAAUGGUAAGGUCUAAACAGGAAGUCAGCCUUCCGUUUCCUUGUAGCCAGAAUAAAGCAAAGACAACAUAAACUAGAGCUUUAAAAAUCACUUUCAAAGGAUUGGUUUUCAUCAUUUAAAAUUGCUGAACCCCCCUUUGGCAGCAGGAGAAGAAGGGGGAUCUUUUUUGGGCUGUUUAAACCUGCAGAAGUGAGUUUAAAGCAAAGUAAUUUUCCACCGUCCUGAUCCUGGAGCGGGGUGUCAGAAUUGACGUUUGAAGCUCAUUGACCAGAAACAAAUGUCUUUGACAGAUAGUUAAAAGAAGAGAAACAUAGUGAUUCCAUUGUUUCCUUUCGCAUUUUAAAAAGAACAAAUAUGGACAAAAUACCUUAAAAAAGAAACGUUGUUGCUAUUGUUUUUAAAAGAAAGAACAAUCAGAAGAUUUCCCCCUAGAGGGGGACUGUGAAAUUGUAACUAAUUCCUGGGAGCUUGCAGCUGCCACAGAUUACAACCGUGGGAAAGGAUUUGUGGCCUUGCAGGACAAUGUCUUCAGAAGCACUGUUGGGUGCUCUCUGCAAAAUAAAUGCCCUAUUGGAUCAGUUAAGCCAGAAGACGGAUUUGAUGACUAAUGCGGCCAGAACCUUUGAACAGGUAGUGGGAAAUUAUAUGGAGCCCACCCAGGAGCUAAAACAGGAGUGUGCCAUGACAGAACAGCUGAGAGAAGAGGAUGCUGCUGAAUCUUGGGCGCCAGAGACGGAGGGAGCUGCGGCCCAGCAGGAACAUAAAUUUUUGGAUUUGACAAAUGAACUUGGAAAAAACCAGACUUGGAAAGAUAAAGUUUGGUUUGGUUUGGAAAUGGGGGGUUGGACAGAACCCCCCUAUACAGGGAGAUUUGGACUUUUCGAGUCUGGCAAUGGGCCAGAUGUUUGGAGCUGUGGGGGCUCUCAAUUUUGGAGGGAAUCUGAAACAUGUUUUUAAAUACCACAUGGAGUCUAGUCUGGACUAUGGAAAAGGGGCUGAUUUGUUGAAAAGGGUCAAAAACAUUACCAAGCUGGAGUUCCCACGAAUGAAAGGAAAAUAUGAAGAAGAGCUGCGGAAGGGACAUGGAAGAGACUUGAGGGCUUCGGAUAUAAGAUUACCAGGUUAAUGUGCUAGAUUAAUAAGAUAAAAAGGACUGACAAAACCCGGGACCAGGAGGAAGGGACGCUGGAUGAAGAUUGGAUUGUUUAUUUCUUUUUUUUAUCAUUAGGAUUGUUCUAUAAAAUUGAUGAAUGCUAGAAAAAUGUUGAAAUGAAAUUACUUGGCUCUUGUAAAAAUGUCUAAAGAAUUUGGUAAGAAUGUUAUGGCUAGGAGAAGUUGGUAAAAAUAAGAUUUAAGUUUUAAACUUUAAGGUUUUCUAUAAGAUAAGAUGAAAAUAGAUUAAGGUAAUGUAAUGACAGAAUACUAUGAAUUAUGGAAAGGAUUUGCUGUGAUUAUUAUUAAUCAGGAUACAAGAAAAGGGAGGAGGAGGAGGUCAAAGAAAGAAGGUAUUGAAAGUGGAGAAUUUGAGAAUGAUGGUUUUAUUUUUUAUUUUUAUUUUUCUGUCUUGUCUUUUUUGUGUGUGUAAUUUUAAAAAAAAUUUUUUUCAAUAAAUAUCAUUUUAAAAAACCCCAGAAUGUUCUUGUUCACUCAACUUCCAAUAGAUGUUAAGCACCAGAUAAUCAAAUAUUAUUUUAACACUCAUAAAAAAUGUAAGGAAAAUAUUGAUGAAAGUUUCAAACACAAAGAAGGCAAAACUUAAUUGUUAUUGCUGGUGCUGUUGUUGUUGUUGUUAAAAAACAGCCUCUUCUGUGUGUAGACCACACUCCCUAAAAUUAGGGAGGCCCUAAUUUUACUUUCAGUGCAGAUGUUGCAAUGACAAAAAGAACGCAAUAAGAAAAUAGAAGAAAUUAAUAGUUACUUAAUGCAAAAUAUAUUAAUACUUGCAUAUAAUCAGUGAAGUUACUUGAUAUAAUUAUACUUCGAUUUUGCACUGUGUGAAGAAUAACUUUCUUUUGUCUGUCCUGAAUAUUACAACAUUCAGCUUCAUUGGCUGUCCCUGAGUUUGAGUGUUAUAUGUAUUCCUACAACCAUAAGAUUGUGUACAGUUUGAUACAAAUUAUAAUAAUGAAAGGAAAUUGAAAAUUUUCCUACUUCUCAACUCAUAACAUUACACUUUCUCUUCCUAGAAUUUUUUUUGGCCAAUUUGUGGUCCUUUAGCAGCAGGUAUCCCUGUUGAGUGCAUUAAAGAUAUUGAGCCAUUCAUCUGCAAAUGCAUACUCUUUUGAGCUAUAGAUAUAGCCAACACUUUGCUUCAGUUUCCUUGCGAUACCUGUGCCAUUUGAGUAAAUGACAUUAAAUAAGUUGGAGUUCUUGUUAUUAAAUAUACCAAGAAAAAAGCACACCAAGAACUCAGGCCAAAAGUAAAUGAGUAAAUGAGGCACGUGCUGUGCAAAGUUCAAUGUGAUGAAGCUCACAAGGAUAAUUUUCCAUAUGAUUUUGAGCCCCCUAUCAUUCAAAACAUCUCUCUCCAUUUCUUUAAAUUCCAAUUUAUUGUUAGCCUUUCUCUGCUUGUAAUUACAUAUUUUAUUCAGAUUCAAGACAAUUAUUUGUUGCAGAUCAUGGAAAAAGUGACUUAUGGGAAGAUCAGGCAGCUUUUAAAAGGUUACUUGAGUAAAACAUAUUUUGUUGUUGAAGAAACAUCAAGAAAUAAACAAACAACCUGAUUUAAGUGCAGACUGCAUUGGGAACCAAGAGGCUUGAAAGCAGAAUAUUAGGCCAUUGCUGCGGAUGAUUCCAUGUAACUGGUGAUGAUGGGAAUGAUGAUGGGUCAUUUAUGCUUUACACAAGUAAUAUUUUAGAUAAAAUUGGUUUAAGCAGAAGAGGGUAUACCCUGUGUCUCUGCUGAGUUUUUUUUUUUUUUAAUACAGUAAAGCUGUUCUGUAACCUCAGAGGUAUUAUUUGUUUCCCAUGUGGGCUUUCAACUAAUUAACACAGGGAAAACACAACCUCAAGUGGGUCUCAAGAGGACUAUUAUAAAAAUAAAUAUUGUGGUAAGAAACUGUUGAUGCAUCUUGAUCUGCGGCCACACAACCCUGGAGUAAUUCACUCAGAAUAUCCUCUUCCACCUGGUCCUAUGCUUACAAUUAUUCUGAAUAGAACACUCUCUGCACAUAAACUUUCACUGAGAGACUGGGAAAUGUCUCUCUUGCUUGUCCUGGUUAUAAAGUUAUGGAAGUGUGGCUAAUGGUAAAUAAAGGUCACUUAGGUAAACGUGGGUGGUGCUGUGGUCUAAACCACUGAGCCCAGGGCUUGCUGAUCGGAAGGUCGGCGGUUCGAAUCCCCGCAACGGGGUGAGAUCCCAUUGCUCGGUCCCAGCUCCUGCCAACCUAGCAGUUUGAAAGCACGUCAAAGUGCAAGUAGAUAAAUAGGUACUGCUCCGGCGGGAAGGUAAACCGUGCACUGCUCUGGUUUCGCCAGAAGCAGCUUAGUCAUGCUGGCCACAUGACCCGGAAGCUGUCUGCAGACAAACGGCAGCUCCCUCGGCCAGUAAAGCGAGAUGAGCGCCGCAACCCCAGAGUUGUCCGCAACUGGACUUAACGGUCAGGGGUCCCUUUACAUAAGAUCGCAGUGCGAAUGAGAAAGACAGAAGGAGGAGAAUACUUUUGUAAACAGUUAAUUUUCUUCACCUCCAAGUUGCCUCCUUUUCCUUUAAGUCUACUGCAUAGGCAAAAUACUGGAUCAUUUGGGCCAAUUGGGUGGUCUUUGUGCAUUUAAGUUGUCCGCUUUUUUCUUACGCUGGACUUUGUUUCUCCCAUCAGGCAUUUAGACAUUAAUGCUGUACUCAUCAGAUUUGUUCUUUGUCAUUUUCGUUAAAAUCCUGUUUUUCUUGCAAAACGGUUGUAUUUUGAAACUUCUUAUGCUAUCUGAUUUGGCAUAUAAAUGGAUGUGAUUGAAGCAUGUCAGGUAAAAGCUGAUGUUCCAUUCGGGGAAGGAUGGAACCACAUGCAGUUGUUGGUGGGAUAUAUUCUUUGGGGGGGGGGUUGCUUAAACUUUUCUCCCCAAACUGAUUCUCUCUGCACUGGCUCCACAGGCCACAUAUGCACCACCAAUUUCAUUUUCAUUUUCGUAGCCCAGUUUGAGGGGGGAGCAGUUCAAAAAUAGCUUGAGGAGGAAAUGUACAGGAAACUAGUUACUCAUCAUAUUUUAGAAAUUGUGCAACAUACAAUUUAUGAAUAAUAAGUGAAUGUUUUCUGAACAAGUUGUGGCAAUUUCAGUCUACUAGGUAUUUCCUCCAAAGCAUCCAUGGUGUGUCUUGUUGUAAACCCCAAUGCUUACUUCCGCUUCUCUAUUACAAAGCACUAUACAGUCACUAUACAGGGACGCGGGUGGCGCUGUGGGUAAAAGCCUCAGCGCCUAGGGCUUGCCGAUCGAAAGGUCGGCGGUUCGAAUCCCCGCGGGGUGCGCUUCCGUUGUUCGGUCCCAGCGCCUGCCAACCUAGCAGUUCGAAAGCACUCCCGGGUGCAAGUAGAUAAAUAGGGACCGCUUACUAGCGGGAAGGUGGCUCUGGCUCGCCAGAGCCAGGCUGUGGCUCUGGCUCGCCAGAGCAGCGAUGUCACGCUGGCCACGUGACCCGGAAGUGUCUCCGGACAGCGCUGGCCCCCGGCCUCUUGAGUGAGAUGGGCGCACAACCCUAGAGUCUGUCAAGACUGGCCCGUACGGGCAGGGGUACCUUUACCUUUUAUACAGUCAUACCUCGGGUUACAGAUGCUUCAGGUUGUGCAAUUUCAGGUUGCGCACCGUGCCGAACCCAGAAGUACCAGAAUGGGUUACUUCCAGGUUUCGACACAAGUGCAGAAGCACCGAACUGCGACCUGUGCUCGCGCAGACGUGGCGCUGCGGGUUGUGAACGCUGCGGAUUGCAAAUGUUCCUCCCGCACGGAUCACAUUCGCAACCUGAGCGUCCACUGUAUAGGAUUCUUGCAGCAAGAUUUGUCAAUAUGUAACCUCCAAAUAUUCUCUCUGCAUCUUCCAUGAAUCACAGUUGCUGUUGUUUUAUAACAGUGGUUUUAAGCUGUUAGCACUCGUUAUUUCAUGAAAAUGUCUUGGCAAGACAUUCAAGGAUCAGAAACCAGAAAGCAAGAUAAAUAGAAGUUCAAAUUAUCUCGCCUGCCUCCUUGAUUUGCAAAUAAUGGUGAGUGAGCCAGGACUGAUAAAGGAUGAAAACACUGGAGAGUAGAGGCCUGUGGUAGUCAUCUACAAUUUGUCAUUUGCUGUGUUUAUUUCUUAUAUUUCUUACCUGCGCUUCGAUGUAAGGUCCCAGGUGGGUUACAACAAUUUUAAAAUAAGGUAUAAAUGAAAAUGGCCUGCAAGUUGUGAUAAUUGCAGCACUGUGGUUCAUAUUUCUGAUUUUAUUUUGAAUAAAUAAAACCUGCAUUAAAGUAUUGUGGUAAAGGAGGUCAUAAUGUUAAAAAUGCAAGAGUGGUAGUACUUCUCUAUUGUUGUUACUGCUUGAAGUUUACAACUGGAGACAAAAAGUCUGUUUUUUCUGGUAGAAGAUAAAUCGUUUCAUCUCUGUUCUUAGAUUUUUUUUUUCUUGGCUGGCCCAAACUUAGUGUUUAUAAUGUUAUUUCCCUAAAUAAUAUGUAGAAAAGGCACAUGGUUCAGGAGAAUUCAAAGCAGUCAGUGCUUUUGAAUUAAAAUUGCAUUUCUGAUCACUGCUGCAGUUGCUUUUAGAGAACCAGGACUGUAACUGUAGAACACCCCCUGCUGGAAAACACACACACACAAAAAUCCACAAUUGAAAUCUUUUACAACAUUUAAUGAAAUCAAAAGGCUGGCUAAAUGGAAGUCCAGUGCACUGAGAGAAAACAUUGAGAUGGUUUUUUCUUUCAGUUUACACCAAAGCUAGUACCUAGAUUUUCCUAUAGAUUGUAGAAUUAAACUAUGAAACAGUUCAAUCCUGGACUUGAAUAAUUAGUCUUCGUCAUCAGCAUUAUGCUUACUUGCCUUACUAACAGUCCAAAACAGUCUCUUCAAUUUAGCAUUCAAAUUACUAAGGCCGCAAUCCUAAGCAUGUUUCCACACAAAUCAGACCUGUGCUGCUUUGUUAACUCUCAUGUCAGCUGAUCUGCACGAUAGCGCCUGCUCACUCAAAGGUUCAAAGGUGCCUUUUCACUAUAUCCCUUCUACUGUGUGAGAAAUUUCUGCUCACUAAUAAGAUUAUGUGUUAAAGCAAGAAUUUGGUCUGAAUGGUAGUCUAACACAGUACUUUAGUCAGAGAAAACUGUUGUUGAGAAAUACAGUACUGUCAAAGAAACUUCGUUCCCAGAGAGCUACAGAGCAAUCUUUUGUGGGUUGUUACAGAAUUAAGGAAAUAGAAAUUCUUUGUUUCCAUUAUUUUCUUCCAUUAUUGUUGUGUGACUUUAUGUGUUAUUGCCCGAAGAAAGAGCUUUCAGUCAGAUGAAGGCUGGGAGGAAGGUGUGAUCCUUACAAACGUUAAUACAUUUUAACCUUAUCUGGAUUCACAGUGUUCUUCUAAUCAUAUGUAACCAAUGUAAGAAGUGCUCAUCUUUUGGAACUUCUUGUUGUGAACUGGGUGUUAUUUUAGGACUUUAGUCAUAUUGAUUCAUAAGAAAAGAAGAAGAAGAACCACAUCCAAAAUCCAGUUGGGGACCAACCAAAAUAUUACAAAAUAGUUACAAACUUUAGAACUCUUUGUCAAGCAAGAAGCUACAGAAAGGAGGUGGUAGGAUGAUGAAGAAUAAAAAGCAAAGGAGUACAUGUGUCAUCCACAGAGUCAUUAGAUAAUGUUCUUGAUCCCUUUAUUUCACAAUGUGGUGUGAGACUGAGGAAAUUGGCUUGAAAGGCAUGGUAACAUUUCUCCCAUGUGUAAUAUGGAAAUUGGGACUGUUUAAACUACAGUAAACCAGUGAGAAAGAUGGGAAUGGUUGAAACAUGUAUGGGUAUUAGUUAUACAUGAAUAUGCGUUAUGAAGGAAGUUACUCAUAAUGAUUUGCCUAGAGGGCCAUCAGGGCUUUGCUUUUUUUGCACGCAGCAUUUCAUAUAUUUCAUGUAUUUGAGUUUCACAUUUCCUAAAUAUUACCUAUUCUAGUUUAUUGCUUAUCCUUUUGAGGUUUGCUGUUGUGUUUGAUUUCAUUUUGGGUAUUUUUCUUAUUCUUUAGUGCACCACUAAGUACAUGAAAUUUCUGUGCAUGAGAGCAAGUGUCCCUUUGUUCUUUGCUGCCAUUAAGAAAUAGGUAGUGGUUCCAUAUUUUUCCAGUACUUAAAGAUCUCCAGUCUAGCUGCUGAUAAACAGUAUGUGAUCCAUGUCUUUACAAGAAUAAUAAUCCUCAUUGUCAGAAAUAGGCUGAGGGAGCCGGCGCUUGCCUACAGACAGCUUUCUGGGUCAUGUGGCCAGCAUGACUAAAUCGCUUCUGGCGUAAUGGAAUGCCAUGACAGAGACCAGAGCACACAGAAACACCGUUUACCUUCCCGCCAUAGAGGUACCUAUUUGUCUAAUUGCACUGGUAUGCUUUCGAAGCUGGGACAGAGCAACAGGAGCUCAUCCCGUUGCGCAGAUUCGAACUGCUGACCUUCUGAUAGGCAAGCCCAAGAGGCUCGAUGGUUUAGACCACAGUGCCACCUGCGCCCCUGGUGUCAGAAAUGCCUAGUGCUUAAACAUGCAUAAUAUCCUAAUUCAUGACCUGUUUCUUUGAUGCCACUAAUAAGAUUGGGCAUUUUAUAAAAGUGCCCACCAUGGCAUAUGACAGAGUACUCACACUCCUAUAGCCUUUCCAACAAAGAUUUUAAUCAAGGAAAAAAGGAAGAUACCUUUUCCAUAGCACAGCCUUUCUUAGUCAAGAGGUCAUUUUCUUCUUUUUUUCUUUUAGCUAUUGACUGGUGAAAACUCAAGACAGGAGUUUUCACUCCUGUGAUGGUAAUACUCCACUUUCUCCGUAAUUUGUUAAUUUAUUAAUUUGAUACCUGCUGGGCAACAUUCAGUUUCAUGAGGAGCAUUUUCAGGCUAUAGCAUCGUUGGGGGGGGGCAAAGUUACAGAGCAAGACAUGUUUUCUGUCACUAGAUAGUUUUAUAUUUUAUUUAUCUUGAUGGAUAGUACUUCUAGUUCCUUCCAGUUAGCAUAAUAUAUCUUAAAGAAAUAUUUUGAAUAGGUUAUGAAUAAUGGUUUGAAUUUAAUAGGUUUGAAUAAUGGUCUUUUAUAGACCAUGCACAAUUUAGUUCUAUGAAGGAGGCUCUGGGGAGGGAGAAACAUUUGUUGUUCAAGAGCAGACUAGAGAGCUCCCCUCUUCACAGGUAUGUUUUUAGGUAGAAAAGUUUUCUUGCAAGGCACAGCAUAUGGAGCUAUCUUCUGCGCAUGAAAGAGAGGUCAUGGCAACUCUGUUUUUAUGGGAAAUGCAAAGGUAUCAGCUGAGAGCUCAACAUCAUAUCUGUGGCAUUUUUGGCAACCUGAAGUAUGCAAUGGAGAUUAUGAAAAUUGCUGAAGCAGAAAUUCAAUGACGUGCUCAUACGGCUAUUGGCCGGAAGAUUUGUGUAAAUGCAGAAAACUUCCCAGGGGCCCAUUUUGCUCCUUUUACAGAUUUAAAUGUUAAUUUGUUGAUCUGAUGGUUGCUGUUCUCUCCUAGAUGAGGGAAACAGGCCCAGUUUGAUGUGCAUAUCCAGAAAUGCAUAGACUUCUGGUACUUCAUUUCUUGAAUCGCAGUUUGGCAUCAUUUACAUACUGGAACUUUUGCUAAAUAGACUAGAAAAUGCCAUUUCUUGGACGCAUUCCUGAUUGCACAGUUUAUAUUCUCAGUUAUAGUAACAGCUCUUCAUUUCCUUCCUUCCUUCCUUCCUUCCUUCCUUCCUUCCUUCCUUCCUUCCCCCAUACCCUACCAGGAGAGUAAAGAAUUCUGCUUAGUUUCAAUACUGUGAAGUCAAAUUAUUAUUUAGAACAUAAUUGGCAACACAAUAUAGUUAAUACAGUAUUGAUGUACUUUUUAAAAAGUACAUCUGAUACAGAAGCCAAUCUAUACCAAUAGCAGCUUUUUAUUUUAACUCCUUUCUCCUUCUGAUAUCCAAAGGUUUGGUAUUACAGAAUCACUAUUAAACGUAUAGUACUGUGAUUUUAGACUUCUUAGAGAUGUAAAAUUUCCCCAAUAUCCUUAGGAAACUCAUUACAGUACAUUUAUUGACUGAGUCCAGGGCUUGAUGAACUUCAGACCUAGGUUUGUCUUCUGGGAUGUCCACUCCAGUGUUCAGAUUCUGAACAAUGUAGGCGUUUUAACAGGCAAUGCCUACUAUGUUUGAAAACAACUAGCACUGACUGCGGUUGAUCAUGUAUUUUGAAAGUGUAUGUGGCAAACAUCUGGUCACAGAUGUCUGCAUCACCUUUAGUCUCAUUAUAAAAAAAUAGAAUGAUCACAGGCUUCAAUUUGUUGUUUGAAAUUACUGCAUCUUUAUACGUUGAAGAAAGGAGAAUAACUAUUCUUUUCUUUCUUUGGCAGAUAGCUUACAAGUGUUGAAUCAUUUUCAAAACAAAACAUGUUGUGUUCAUGCUUUUGUAUUUGUGGAAACUCUUGAGUAUUUUCUGGUAUUUUCCCCAGUCGUGUCAACCAGUCAGGUUGCUUACUAGCUGAUCUGUUGGCUAGUGCCAUGCUGCUGAAAAGGUAAUCAGUUCUGUUUCAGCCAGAAUCCUGUAAAUGCAGCAUUAAUGUCUUAACCAUGGUUUUGAGCUGCUGGGGCACCUUUUUCCUUCCCUACCCAUAUGCCUGCAUCGUAAACAUAUGUUGUUUUGGAAUUGCAACACAUCCACAAUUCAAUGGAGCUUACGUCUACAUAAGUGGAUAAAGGAUUGCAGUCUUAACCAAUAAUAUGUGCAUAACUACUGCAGAAGAUAAAAAUUUCCUGUUUCAAGAUACUUAUAUGUUUAUAGUAGGGCAGACUGUGUGUGAUCCUGAAUGACUGUAUGUCUGCAUGCACACCCUCAUCUUUUCUGGGCUGGGGAACAGCGAACCCUUGCUCCAUCCAGUCUUCUCUACAAGACAAAUCCCUGAUGCAAUUUAAAAAGAUAGGCUACCACUUACAUAAAGACAUCUUGGGCUCAUGGAAUAUCUGACCAUAGUUUGACAAUAGACAAAUAAUUAAUAAGGCACUAGGCAAAUAAUAGAUUUUCUUUGACUCCCAUCCCAACUGUACUGUUCUUUAACAUAAUAGAAUAUUAUCCUUCUUUGUUGUUUGCUUAUCCUGUGGUUUAUCCAAGAAGCUCAAGUAGGAUUAUGGUUCACCAGUUUAUAGGACUUAAGAGUUAUUCCUCCCUGUUUUUUUCCUUUUCAAAGCCCUUCUGCUUUUUCUUAUGCCCUGUUUCACUUUAUGAUAAUACUAAUAAUAAUUCUGUGUGUGUAUAGCAUUUUAUAUUGAAAGAACUACAGCUUUCAAGAUUUAUGUUACUUUAUUUUGAAAUAGUAGAUUUCACUUAAAAAAAUUAUGUAUGUAUGUAUGUAUGUAUGUGUAUGUGUAUUUUUUUCCAAUCCUCUGCCAUUCCUCCCCACCAUACAGUCUGAUAUAUUCUUGUGCAUGGCAAUUGGCCUUAAGGCGAUUAUUGGAUUAGGGCAAAGACUCAGUAUGUCAACACUGACACUAUCAUUUAAUGCAAGGUAUUUACAAUUUUAUUCACCUAUGCCCGUGUUACAUUAAUUUCUUAUGGUGCUGGAGCUUUAAGAACUUGGGUGGUUUAACAAGAUGCCUCUGUGACAAGAGGAGAAGAUACCAGCCCGUCUCUUGUUGCCGAGGAAGCAGCUUUUAAGUAACAGCAAUGUUUCCCGAUUUACCACAGUGUGCUUUUGUCAUCAUAAUCCUUCCUUCUUGUCAAGACUGAUUUGUUCUUCAAGCGAGGGACUGUCAUCUUCCUGUUUUUCCCGUGGCUUUCCCCCCCAUCCCCCGCCACCACUUACUUGUUUUGUGGAAGCAAAAGUGAAUUUGAAAGAUGUUGGCAAACCAGUCCGGAAUAUGUUUGUUAGCUGGAGUUUGUGCGACGCUGGUUGCCCUGGCUUUAGCCUAUUACCUGUACUGGUAAGUAGCAAAUUACGCAACAAGUUCUGUGGGUUUCUUUUCCACUUCAUAAGGCUGGGAUCACAUGUCUUUUUGAGAACUUUGCUUGUAUCAAAUGUGGUUUUUAGUGCAGUAGCUUGUAACUUUAGAUCGAUCUUCCCCUUCUUCACAGUGGUACUUAUUAUUUGUGGAGCUCAGGUGUUUUGAGAAAUCUUUUGUGAUGAAAUGGAGGAUGAUAGGUUCUAAAAUAUCAUUAGAAGAGGUUUGGCUUUUUAGCCUCCUAUAGCUAUUUACAGAUUCUUAAAUCCACACUGGCCUUGAGUCUUUUUGUUUACUACUAGCUACACAGGUGAACUGUAAUAUCUGCCUUAGGAUGUUUUAUAGAGAUGAAGGAAUUUGGAUUGUUUUUAUUCUUCUCUGUAGGGCUCCUUCUGUAUCUAACCAAAGUUAUUGAUGUUGUAGCAGAGAAACUAUUCCAGUGCAUAUUGUGGGUGUAGAGGAACUGAUAAAAUGGCAAUCCAGUAGGAAUGGGAAUACUUUCGUUCUCCUGAAGCUUGUAGGUGUACAGUUCCACCCAAACUGUGCCCUUAGACUUUGUCUUCAGGGAAUGUGAGAAUGUGAAUUUCCAUAUUUAGUGACCUAAGCCAAACAGUGUAUUGAAAAAUACUGAAAGCAGGACAUUGUAUUAUACUUUUAAGCUUUACUUAAAACAAAAAAUGGAAAAUGUUCAGUUGUCUGUAAGUUUAAUCAAAUUAAAGCAAUUUGAAGUGGUAGUUGAGACAUUGGGUGAUAUCUAAUGUUAGCCAUAAUCAGAGGGAACCCAAUGAAAGCAUGGACUUAAAUAACCUAUUUCCAUGAGGCAUAAUCCAAGGAUGGGCAAGUAAAUUUCCACUCAUGCAACAGGAUUUUCUGUGCCCCUCCAUACCCUCCUCCCAAAUCUGUUCUGGAGGGUUCCCCAACAUACGGACAAUGUCUGGGAGGCCACAGAGAGGAAGAAAGAAAGGCAAAGGCCCACUGCAUGAUCAGAAGCUCUUCCAGUCACCUAUGGAUAGCAUCAGGGGUCAGCAAACCUUUUCAGCAGGGGGCCGGUCCACUGUCCCUCAGACCUUGUGGGGGGCCAGACUAUAUUUUGAAAAAAUAAUAGUGAACGAAUUCCUAUGCCCCACAAAUAACCCAGAGAUUCCUUUUAAAUACAAGCACACAUUCUACUCAUGUCAAAACAUGCUGAUUACCAGACCGUCCGCGGGCCGGAUCCGGUCCCUGGGCCUUAGUUUGCCUACCCAUGGAUAGCAUCAAAUGCGUCCAUGUGUCUUUUGUGAGUGUGGCUUAAGUGGAUACCUCUAAUCAUUUCAAGCAUUAUAUACCUCAGAACAUGGAGACAGGAGCCUUCAGUUUAAUUUGGCUUUUGUAAGUACUCUUUGAUUCUCAAUGUUUAGAUUCAAGAGAAACAUACAAUGCUGUUACCAAGUUUUUUUUAUGUCACCACUAAUGACCGGGCAAUCCAACAAAAGCUGCUCUUUUUGUAGCCACCAGUUUUGGUAGUGUUUCAGUCGGAAACCCUGAUAACCCAGUUUCUACAGGAAUGCUUGAGCGUGUGUGUUCCUUUUUAAACAUACUUGAGAUUUUCUGCCCGUGUAGCUCUCAGCUCUUUUCAGUCAGGAUGAACUGAGCAGAUGACACCAGAGAUUGCUGACUACCAGCUUUGCAUAUUGGGAGAUUAACCUGGUUUUGCUGUUACUCUGCCAGUGGUCUCUUGCUCUCAUUGAGGUCAAAGCAGCCUGCUUAACUAUAGGAAACAACUCUCUGAAAUAACUGAGAUUAUGUUAGGUAAAACUAUGGAUCUCACAGUUUCUCAAAAAAAUGACGAAGGCGAUGUUAUAGGUGUGAGCCUCCCCAUGCACUGAGCCUCUUGCUGCUUGGAUGCAGAAAGAGUCUUGAUGGUGUUGGUGCUGCAGUUAGGAAAUAAGCCCUACACUGGGUCUUGCCUGUUGCUUACUUUUGCAGUCCUGGGCAAAAUAUAUUUCUAUUCUCUCAGGCCUUUAAAACAGGGAUGGGAAACCUGUAGCCCUCCAGGUGUGAUUGGACUACAGUUCUCAUCAGCUGCAGCCAAGGUGCCCAGUGCUCCUGGCUGAUGGAAGCUGUAGUCCAGCAACAUCUGGAAGGCUAUAACUUCCCCAUCCUCAAUUAAAAACACGGCAUUAUUUUUAAUUAUUGAUACUCUGUUGCAUUUUAUCUGCUGCUUAACUUUUCUCUGACCUUUUAUUAUUUGUACAUAUCUGUGUGGUUCUGAUAUUUCAUUGCAAGCUGUCUUGGGAAAGUCAUUUGGAGAGUGGGGUGUAAAUGCCAAAAAUACAUGAACACAUUUUUAGGGAAUGGACUAUGAAGCACAGGGCAGAAGCUGGAUUGGGUUAUUUUCUAGAAAUGAGGAAAGGUACUGUGGUAUUCUUCUGGUCGGAUAGCAACAGCCAGGUUUGGGCUAUAUAUUACAGGGCUGGAGAAAACUGUAGCCCUCCAAAUGCUGUUGGACUCCAUAUCCCAUCUGCUUCAUGCGGCCUGGUCAAUGAGCUGAUAGCUUGAUAGCUCAGUCUGUACAGCGUGAGACUUUUACUCUCAGGGUCAUAGGUUUGAGCCCCAUGUUGGGCAAAAAGAUUCAUGCAUUGCUGGGGGUUAGACUAGAUGAUCCUUGUGGUCCCUUGCAACUCUACAGUUCUAUGAUUACCUGUGGUCAUCUGUGAGUAAUGGACACUAGGAAGAUGCCGUGAGGAAUCUAGCAGAAUCUUGAGACACACAAGGGACACAGAAAAGGUCACAAAUCGGAACUGACACUCUUCACACCUGCAGAGGUUCUAGUUACAAUAAGGAUCUGAUUCAGGGAGUUGAUGGUGUCCUGUCAGCUUGGAACAUGCUGAAAUGCCUCUAGAACUAGCCAAGUAGUUGACAACUAGAUUAGUCUUGUUCACAUUGAUCAGUUACAAAUGGGAACAAUUCCAAGAAAUGGUACAUGACCUAACCUUCCAUUGAGGUUGUGCAGAGCAUCGGAGGAUAACUAAAUUAAACCUUUUUCAGCAGUUGGUUUACUUUCUGUGCUGUGUUAUAGACAGCAAUUUAUUAUUUGCCAUUUUGCAAGUGUUUUCCCACCUGCCAAACCCAUUCCUUUAUAGCAGUGAUGGCCAAACUUUGCCCUUCAGCUGUUUUGGGACUACAAUUCCCAUCAUCCCUGACCACUGGUCCUGUUAGCUAGGGAUGAUGGGAGUUGUAGUCCCAAAACAGCUGGCGGGCCAAGUUUGGCCAUCACUGCUUUAUAGACUGAGAAUUACUGCAUUUUCAGAUUGCGGUUGGAAGAAAUGGGGAAGGAGUUAGAGAGAGGGGGGCUGCAGAGCAUCAUAUGGAAAUAUUAUAAAAUGAUUAGUUGUUUGCAUUUUGUAUAAGGACAAUUCAUAGAGAGCAUGCAUUGGUUAGUUUUAGGUUAAGACCCUUGACUAUUCCCAUUUUAUCUAUGCUUGUAUUUCUAGUUUGCAUGCUUGGAAUAUUUUAAGAACUCUUAAAGAGGAGCACAGUUUGAUUGGAUCAAAUGGUUACCCUAUGUGUUGCUUGCUAACCUUUAAAUGCUUUAUAUACUCUGUCACUUGUACACUAUGUGUAUCCAGUCAAACACUUGCCUUGUUUCUCCCACUUUAUCAAAUUUUGUUUGACUCUCCUUUGUAAUAAUAAAAAUAAAAAUCAUUUAUAUACAGUAGUUGCCUCCCCCUCAAACUGAAAAGCCUUUGUAGUUCUACAGAGAGUAAUUGAGUUUAUAACCUCUUAUAUAUUCUUUGGGCCAAGGAGUAUAAUUUGUGCACAUUUUUUACUGGACUUGGGGAAAUGAGGGCUUGACCAGAUUUGACCUCUGAGUUCCCGCACCGUGUGAAUACUCUUGAAUAGAAGUGUUUAAGAACUUGUUAUUGCCAAUGAUAGCCUUUGACCUGUCACUUAACAGUUAAAAUCCUGAUUGUAUUUACAGCUUGUUCCUUCCAAAGGGUCUGAGGUUGAUAAAGUCAGAAUUUGAUGAAAUGUGAAAAUAUAAUUAGAGAAUUAUUGUGUAUACACAUGCACACAGAGGAAUUCAACGUAAUGGCAUAGCAAUCGUUGCAUCAGCACAAGCAUUUUACCUCCACAGCUAGCACAAUCCCCCCUUUCCUUCCUUCACAUGCUGUUCUGGGGGUUCUUCUGACCUCCCCAGAGCCACUUGGGGGCACACUGGGGGUGCAUGGGAUGAGGAUGGGGGAAAUCCCCAUUACACUACUGGAGGGCCUUUAUUUUAUUAGUUUUACUGGUGAUAAUGCUAGCACUUUUGUCUUGAUUUCUAACAUCACUUUUACACUGCAGUUCCUAUUGCGUUAUGGAAUUGUGGCUUUUUGAUUGAUAUAUUGCCUUGCCGUGCUAAAUUUUAAAUGGUGGGAAAGUACUGUAUGCCAGAAUACAACCCCAAAUUUCACCAUGUGAAAUUAUCGUACAGUGCAAGACUCCCAUGAUUUUUCUGAGUUAGUAGGGUUGCAAACAAACUAACACAGAAAUUACUGCUAAACUUCCACUAGACUUCCAGAAGCAGCUUUUAAAUCUUGAGGAAAUAUAAUAUAAAAUUCAGAAAUUAAUAAGUAAGGAAUUGCCUGGAAGAUGAAAUAAAGUCUCUUCUGAAUGCAGCCUGAGAUUGUAUGCACACUUACCUGGAAGUAAGCCUCGUUAAAUAUAAUGGUUGCAUUCAGCUGGAAUAAUAAACCAUGGCUUAUCAUGUUGGGAGACACAAGCCUAACCUUUCUGCAAGCUCAUGCAUUCCACCCCUCUCCUCUGGUAUGGCUGUUAAGAGGAGAUUGGAAGGUUUCAGAUCCAAUUUUCAGUUAACUACAAGUUUAACAUUACAUUUGAAUCUUAAACUGUGAUUAUUCUUAACUCUUUUACUGAGAAACUUUCUUCAUAAACCACAGUUUGAAGUUGGUUUGAUUCAAAUACUUGCCAAGGUUAACCACAGUUUGUUUGGUUCAGUUAUCAUGACAAGCUGUGUUUAAACAAAUACUUAGGAACUGAAGGUUCCAGGCUUUUCCUGCCUAUGCCAGAGAAAGGCUAGGCUUAUUCCCAUCAUCAUAAACCAUGAUGGUUUAUGAUGAUGUCUGGAUGCAUCUAGUGUGACUUAAUUCUGAGCAGAGAUGCCCCGAAUUGUGGUGGUGGGAAAUCAAACAUCUGGCUCUCUCUGGAGUGAAACCUCACGUAAGAUUUAUUGCCCAUCAAACCAUUCAAAUAUAACAUCUUACGAUCACUGUCCAUUUUUUAAAAAAAGUAUUGUCUUGAGUAGCCAUUUGUGGUUAUGUGAAGCACAGAUUUCUGUAUCUCUUUACAGUCAGGACAGAUGGAGAUGCUAAAUAAAUGAGCAACUUGCUCAUUCAGUUGGGAUAUUGAUAGCCCCAAAUGCAGUUGUAGGUUACCACAGAAGACAGUGCAACGUACUGCUGAGGACUGUUCUUUUAAUAGAUUUGGUGGGAGCUUGAAUGCUUUGAACUAGAUGAUGCUGUGCCUUGGCUUAAACACACACACACACACACACACACACACACAGAGAGAGGGGGGGGGUUGGUCCAUAUAAGGCAGCCCAGCUGCCAAGAAAACCUUAAAUUCUUGGCUGCAGUGAGCCUUACUGAUUUUCCAAACACACCUUAUACUUUUGAACUGCACUGCUUUCAGACUCUCUCUGGGGUGGCUUUUUAAACAUGGACAGGAGUAGGCUAACAAUAUUUUUACUGGCAAGGAACUCUGGGAAAAUACCACUAUUUCAUCCCGGGGGGGGGACCAAUUUGGUGUCUUCCAGACAUUGCUGGGCUACAACUUCCAUCAUCCUUGGCUGUCGGUUAUGUUGAGUGGUGGUUGAUGGGAGUUGGAGUCCAACCAAGUCUGCAGGGUACCACAUUGCCUACUACUUAGGCGUAUGCCUUAGACUGAGGCAUACGACAGUUGGAAGGAAAACUGAUCAGGGACGGUGUGUCUCUUAUUUAAGUUGAGCUGGCUUUCUGAAAUUAUCUUUUCUACACAACUGUUUGGGGGUGCAGGAGCUGUCUCCUCUUUUGCACCUGGCCACUUUCUUCUGUGUUUACAAGAAGAAGAUUUUGCGAGCACCACAGCUUCUGAACAGACUGGAACAAAUGGGAAUGUAAUAUUUGUUUGAGGGGGUAGGGAAGGGGAAACCUAAAUUCAGACACAUAAGAUAGAAUUCUUACUAGUAUUUUUAUCCUAAUUUGGAUUGUUACAGUGUAAUUCUAUCCAUGCGUAUUUUUGGCAGUGGGACUUGUUCUGUUGUGUAUUUUAGGACUGCAGUUCUAAAACUGCAGAGCAAGGUGUAAAACAUAGGCUACUAAAAAUUGCAUCCUUUACCAAAAAGGUGUCUUAAAGAGCAAAAUCUAGCCUCUUCCUCAGGUGGAAGAGAUCUCCUCAGCCAACAGACACCCAAAUCCAUGGCCAGUCAGAUGCUCCCUUCAAAGUAGGGAAAGGUUUCUAACCUUGUGUGAUGCCAAACUCCACAGGUGUGUCCGAGCCAACAAUAAGCAAUUGUUUGAUAUGCAUUUGUUAGCAGGGUCCAUUUCAUAUGUAGAUGAAAUGCAGAGAGCAACAGCCUGGUUGAAAUUUGAUUACUGUAGUUAGUUGCCAGGAAUGCUAAACUUUCUGGCACAAUAGGCAUAGCUUGAUCAACAGGGGGUGUACAACAGAGGUCAGUGUGCAAAGUACAGAGAAUUUAAUAUGCUCAUUUUUGCUCAGCUGCAUGGGCUUCCUAUUCACUUCAGUGCUAGUGAUUUAUCUUUAAAAUUUUAAAUAGCUUAGAUCUGUGUAUCAUAGGGAGUGACUCUCCCUUGCAUUCUUCCCCAUCCUCUGCAAUUUUCUGUAUACCUUCGUAUUGUGAGCCUAGAUUAGGGAGGAGAGAAGUGUUUUUCCUGUAGGGGCACCCACUAUUGUGAGGGGAAAAAACCCACCAACCUGAAGGUCUAAUUUUCCCUCCAUUUGGUGAAUUUCUACAACUGUUGGUAUUUGCUGUAUUGCCAUUUUGAGUCGGAUCCCGUCUAGUUGGUUGACUUUAGCUCCCACUGAAAUCAAUUAAUCAAUACUUUGUGCAGAAAAGGAUUUUGUAGAGUUGGAAAGGUUCAGGAAAGGGCAACCACAAUGAUCAAGGUUGCAGGAAAGGUUGUAGCGUUUGGGGCUUGUUAGUUAAGAGAAAAAGCGAGAGAGAGGCUACAUGAUAGAAGUUUGCAAAAUUAUGCAUGGCAUAGGGAAAGUGGCUAGAAGGAAGUUUUUCUCCCUCUCUCAUAACACCAGAACUCAUGGACAUCCAAUGAAGGGGAGUAUCGCAGGAUUCAGAACAGAUAGAAGUACUUCUUCAUAUGGCACAUAGUUAAACUAUGGAAGGUAUGGCUUUAAAAAACUAUGGGUUCAAAUGAGGAUAAGAUUAAUUCAGCAGCUACAUGCCAUGAUGACUGCUCUGCCUACACAGACAAAGGCAGUAUGCAUCUGAAUACCAUUUUCUGGAAACCACAGCAGGAGAGGAUGCUGCUGUGCUCAGGUCCUCCCUUGCAGAUGGGCUACUGGGAGAACAGGAUGCUGGACUAGAUGGACAGCUGACCUGAUCCAGCAAGUUCUUCUCAUGGUCUUAUGGAUUCUUUUUGUUACUUCAGAAGCAUAUGAGGCCUCACACUGGAACAUAAAGUUGUGCUUAACUGACGCAGUCUGUAUUUGUGCAGGUAGAUCUCAUCAUAUAAAAGGUUACGUUAGCAGCUAACAUGCGUGUAAGAAAAAUUGCACAAGGCCAGAACAACCCCUGGAAUGGCUCUGCAUGACCACCCCUACCUGUCUGAAGCUGGCACUGAAUGGGCCUUGUCUCACACACAAAGUGGAGAGCUUUUUAAGCCGUGCUUUCCAGGCUCUGGGAAGAUAACAUGAGGCCUCUGGAUGGGCCUGCAAGCUUUAAAAGCCCCCUGUGGGGUUGUCUCAUGAACUCAUGGAGCUUCCCUCAGAGUCUCAUGUGGCCUUUCCAGCUCUUUCCAUGGCAUGAAAGCACUAUGUGGAAACAGCUUUUUAAGCUCCUUCUCAGCCUCAGGCUUUUGGAAAGUCACGUGAGGGCUUCCACUAGAUCUCGGACAGCCCUUUUGGGGUUUCCCUCUGCUCUCCAGCCCCUUUUUAAUUUCAAAUUUUCUGAAAAACCAUUUCCUGUAAAAUCAGCAUAAGAUGAGAUCGACCUCUAUUGUUAAAUCACUUUGAGAUGUUUUAUAUCAAGCAAUUCAUAAAGAGAAUUAAACAAACAAACAAGCAUAUAUAUUGUUUCCUAUCCAUGUUUGCAACUCUUUCACAGCAUAUGAGAGAGACAGCUCUUUUCUUAUGUGGAACAAAAUAGGCACCGUUCAGAAUGCAUGGCGUUAACUGCAGUGUCUUUUUAUGUCCUGUCUUCUGCUUUGUCUUGUUGCUGGAAUCUGCAGGAGGGGAGAGUAGUGCUUUGCUCUGGUCCUGCUUGCAGGUGUCCUGUAGGCAUCUAGGUGGCCACUGUGAAAACAGGAUGCUUGAUUAGAUGGGCCAUUUGGCUUGACCCAGCAGGCUCUUCUUAUGUUCAUAUUUGUCUUUGAGGACUCUUUCCCUGCCCCUCCUGACCCCGUGCAGUUUGGCUUUGUCUUCAGCUUGCCAGCCAAGCACACGCAGUUGGGUUGCUUGGUUUUGAUUGUUGCAGUUCAGUCCCAUUCAGCAGUUCAGUCCCAUUCAGGCUUAUUGUUUGAGCUGGACAUAUUUGGGUACACCACUGUUAAUUGAUGCAAUAGCAUUGAAAUGGGAGAGCAGUGUCCCAUCUUAGAUCUUACUGUACGUAUAUGGAGAACAGCAGCUCAGAAUAAAAUUUGGCAUGGUCUAAAUUGCCUGUGUGCUGGUUUGAACAGGGGAAAAGUCAAGUUAGGUGGAAAUUGUAAUGUGGAGUGCCAUUUCUAAAUUGUAGACCAAGGUCAAACAUGUUGUGAAUUAUUGUAAUCUCUUUGAAGAUGCAAUUUAAAGAAGAAAAGCAGAGGAUUAUUAUUGUUGUUAUUUAUUAAAUUUCUACACCGCUCUUCAUCUGAAGAUCACAGGGCGAUGGCAAUUUUAAAGAGGAAAUAAAUAAUAUGGAAAAAAUGAGAAAUAUAUUUGUGACAAAAAAGGGGUAAUUUGUCAGCUGCGUUGACAUUUUCCUUGGCAGUUUCUUUUAAAUUCUCAGCUUUCUGGGUAAAUCAGUUUUAGUGUUAGAAAUGAGGGCAUUGUUGUUGAAUGGCUGCUUAAUAAGAUACCUGUGAAGGUAAACCACCCUGGAAACAUAUUUCCAGAUUUUAAACAGAUUUAAAAAAUAAAUUUAAACAGCAGUGGUAUAAUUUAAAAGACAGCUAUGUGAUUUGUACAGUUAGCUUUCCUUACCAUAAACGUUCCUGCUUUGAGCAACAUACAAAAGGAUGUCUUCAAUGGUCAUGGAUAAAAGCAUGCUCCAAAGAAACAUGUCAGUUGGCAAAGUUUUGAUUGGCUCGUUUUGACUGUCUGGUUCUUUUUUGCCUAGAUUUUUUUCUUUAAAUAGAAUAUAAAAUGGAUAUUAGAUUACUAAUACUUGCAUUCACUUACCUGGUAAGUUCCAUUGAAUUAAGUGGAGUUCUGUGAUAUAAUUUUCUAGAAUUUCAGAUUUGUUGCACUAUCUAUGUGUGUGUUCAGUUUUGGAAAUUGUAAGCAAAAUUAAGCCACUAAAUAGGACUAAGUUUGAAGCAGAAUAGGGAGAUCCUGACAUAUCUAACCAAGAUGUCAAAGCAUAAACAUUAGAGCUGCUGUAUAGAAAUUUAAUAGUGGUGGGUUUACUGUGCAUUUGAUCACAUCAAAAAUGCCUUGAAUCCUGUUCCAGUUUGAUCUCUUCACAAACAUCAGAGGAUCUUCAGACUGAAAUUUAAUAUUGGGUUCAUCACAUUAUGAAGCUUGUGAUUUAUAGAGCAGAACCAUCUUUUGUUACUGUAAUUGGUAUCCCAGAAUGAAACUCAUUAUUACUUUUGUAUUUAUUUUAAAUCACACAUGCUUUAGUAAAAUUAACUUUUCUCAAUCCACUGUUGCUUUUUAAUCCAGAACUAUAUCUGCCUUCUCUUUGUACUGUACUUCCUUAGGUUAGUUUUAUCUUUCCCCAUUGGAUUCAGUCAAGGCAAAUGUAAUGCUUUUUCUUUAAAACCUGCCCCUCCCCACAUCCCCUUAGUGUACAUACAGUACUUUGAACCACUUUCCUUCCUAUAAGAAAGGAAAUAGGAUAUUCUCAAGUAUUAUUAUUUCCUGCCCAUUCCAAAGGGCUUCUUUAGAACUUUGAAAACUAACAAUAGUAGUAUGAUUUUUCCAUUAAAAACACAUAUUACUUGAUAGAGGAAGCACUCCAAAUGUACCAGUUUCCUUAGGUGAAUGAGUUGUUGGUAUAUAGCCACUGACUCUGAAGCAAACCUCUUAACUUGGUUUCAGCAGUGCCUUGCAAGGUGAUUUGAAGUCUUGAUAUCAGGACUUCAAAGUGCUUUACGCCUGAUGGCAUUGUGAUGCCUGCUUUACGAAAUGUGCUUUUUUGUCCCUUUUUAUGUCGGCAUGUACUCUGUGUUGUCAGCUCUUCAAGCCAGAAAUACUUGGAGAAUCUAUGUAAAUGGCCAGUUGCUUGGUCAACAGUGAGGUUGAUACUAGUUCAUUCUUGGUGGAUCAUUCAUAGAAUUGUAGAGUUGGAAGGGUAAGGCUACCUUGAGUACUUGUCGUGAUGUCUAUAUGCUGAAAUGGAAAAAUCAGUGCCCAGAAAUUACAGCUUAAUAUAUGGAUUCAAUAACUUAACCUAUUAGACUUCCUCCAUGAUUUGAUUUGAACAUUAUUGACAUUAACAAGAAUAUUUCUUUCUAAGCUAGCGGCCAAUUCAUCCUCUGCCCUGUGAGAGAAUGGCAGCACGACAGAGCAGUAUUCAUUUCAGAAAUAUCAAAUACAUUGUUGGGGAAUUAUAAAUGUGUAAUGGUGUGAGGAAGUAACUAAUUAUGCUAGAUUGCUGUUGUGUCUUGUUCACAGAGCCUUCUGUCAAGUUAGCUGGCUUGUUUUUUUUGCAGUGUAAUUUACCCACAUGUGUGGGCAACUGUGCCUUCUUCUUACCCAGUUGCUGUUUGCUUCUUGUUUCUGGACUUUAAAUAGCAUAUCCAAAGGGAGCAGUCGUGUCUGUUGAAAAGUGAUAAUUUCCAUGCUAAGUGCCAGGACUGCUUGAUCAUCAUCAAGAGAUAAUUUCCUGCUAGUUGAAAAAAACAGCACAAUACUUGGCAUGCUUACUUGCAAGUAAAUUCCACCAUGAUCCCUAAUAAGUGUGUUUGGGGUUACAGACACAGGUUGAAAUUAUGUACCGUAGGUGAUGUGGAGAGCAAAAGGAUGCUUACAUUAUGUAAUGAAAAUUUAUAUACAGGUACCACCCCCAACUUAUGCAGGGGUUAGUUCCGGUCCCCCGAGCACAUAAGUGAAAUUGCAUAAAAUGGGGUGUACCCUCUAAAAAAACCUCUAAACACCCUCUUUGCUGCUCUCUCACCAAUCUAUAUAAAAAAUACUGUAUCCCAAAAUACAACCAAAAUUGAAGCUUUGGGGCUGGCAGGAGGCUGGAAUAUGCGCAGGUAAAUAUCAGCUGCUGUGAUACCCUGCACACCAGCUGUUAGGUGGGGAAGCUGAGCAGCCUAAACAAAGCCCACUGCACCUCUGCUCUCUUUGGGGCUUCCCCCGGGGCCCUCACUGAUGUCCUCUUUGGGGUCCAGGGAAGGUCUGCUCACGAGCCACAAGGACUCUCCAGCUCUCUCCUGUCAUUUCCAGGUUUGAAAUUAUUUAACUAUUUCUUGGCAAAACGCACAUGAGAGUCGAUCACGUGUAAGUGUGUGGGGGGGUGCCUGUACAGUAUCUAUCUGCCUAUCUACCUAUCUGAUAUAAUUUAUUUCAUUGCCAUCUGAAUGAAAGUAGCUCAAAUGGGGACAAACUAGUUUGGAUCCUAUGAGAAGCAAACUUAAAGGAGUUCAGAGUGGAAUGUUGCCUAUCCCAUCCUCCCUGCAGCUACUUGUGCCUUCUCUAGAAUGUUGGAGGGGCCUUCUAAAUAAUAGAGGAUUUGGCAUGGGGAUUAGGGUUCUGGGGUAGGUGGAAAUCACACAAGAUUUGGCUUGGAUCGUAAAGUACUCACGGAUAUACCGUCCUGGGCUGGGAUGGAGCCCAUGGGGCAAGACAACAAGGCAGGGCAGAAACUGCAGAACCACAGAGUGUUCUGUGCCCAACAAAGGUUGAAAGCAAAUUGAGCCCCUUUAAGCCUCUACUUGCAUGGUAGAGCAUUCUUAAGGGGCCAACACCCUGAUCUGAAGACAGCCACUCCUGUGAUUUAUAGCCUACUACCUACCACUUGGAGUGGUGAGGUCUUGAUUUGGGCUCUCGGGCUCACAGGAGGGUCCAUGAAGGUUCUGGCUCUGUGGCUGGUUGUCAUGUGUGAUACUGUCAGGCUUAGGCUCAGUGGUCCCUUAAUCUCCAAGAGGAAGGUACUCUACUGCUUAUUUACUCUAUGUUGUGAUCAUUGCAGGACUCUUGGGUCACAGCACCAUGAAUGAAUGUUUCUUCUCCACCAGCCCCUUGAGCCCCAUUCCAAGUAGUUCAGAAGGGGAUCCUGAGCACUCCCAGUUAGGGGGCCGCAGGGGGGCAGGUGAAGAGGGACACUUUAUGUCUUCAAACUUCCUUCAGUUAACUUACCUUGAGGUCCAGGCCUUUGCCACCCCUGCUUUGGAAGCCUUGGGCUUGUCUCAUCUCACUCUUUCUCGCCACCUCCACGGUCUGACUCUGGAACGAAUCAAAGCCCACUCAGCUUUUCUGUGGUGUGAAAAUCAAGGAGAUGCAUUCUUGCAAUCGGAAGGGAGCAACUGAUGUGUAGGAGUUGGAAUCAUUUUGCCUUUUUAAUAAGGAAACUGUCAUUUUCCCUGAAGGAACACUUAGCACCAGGAUUUUAAGGGAGUGAAAAAUACGUUUCAGGGCCUGGCUGUUGGGCUAUGCCUCUUCAGAGUUUUGUUAAUUCCUAUCCAGAGAGAGCUCAGCCACUAAUCUUAUCUGGAUGGUAACAUGGUGAGAGUUGUGGGCGACCAAGCAGCUUGAGAAGACCCAAAGCUGAGAUAAAGUAGGGUGCCCCUGUGCCUGUCACAAGCUUUGAUUUUUCUCCUGACCUGAAGAGGGAAAGGAUUAAGGUUGGAAGGCAAAAACAAAGUGUAGGCACGUGAAGACUCCAUUGUGGGUGAGCAUUGUGGGUGUGUCUGUACAACAAAUGACAGCCUUCAUGGUGUACAAGAGCUGUAGCACAUCAGACUGCAAGUGAUGGAUUACAAGAUCGGGACAGCUGUGGCAGUUUAAGGCCCCGAGCUCUCUAAACAUUUGUCAGAAUUGAGCUUGUGUGUAUUGCUUUUUAAUCAAGUACUGUCCCCUUCCCAGAAGCCCUAUGCAAGCACAUCUCCCUUUCCUCACUAACACCCAGCUAAAUCCUAUUCAGCCUUCUCACACACCAUCGGUCAUUUAGCAUAACUUUUGCUUCCUCUCCCAUUCUCCCAUUUUCCAUUCUCCCUACAUUUCCGCUCAAAACAAAGCUUUCUUUCCCUGACCCCCCCUCCCCCCGUUCUUUUCUACGAAUUUUGAGAGUGGGUGCAGUGGCACAUUUUUUUACCUGACCGGGCGUGCCCCGCAGAGUAGAUCUGUUCACAUCAAACUAUAAUUCUUUUCCGCCAACUACAAAUGUACCAAUUUCCUUGCACCCCCUAGUGGCAGGUGCUACCCAGCAGCCAUAAACUACCGUAUUUUUCGCUCUAUAACAUGCACCCGACCAUAACACGCACGUAGUUUUUAGAGGAGGGAAACAAGAAAAAAAAUAUUCUAAACGAAACAGUGGAUGUAUGAUUUUUGUGGUUCAUGCUGUGGCCACAUACAUGUGAUCUGACAGUGAGUUUGGAGUAGCCCAAUGCAAAAAUCCUGAGGAUCCAUGUGGAUCCAUGCUUUGUAACCACGUUUUUGCACCACUGCGGCCCCAGGCAAUAUUUAGCGAGCUGAGUGGGGAGGAGAGAGGGACAGAGAGCCUGCUUGCUUUAAAGGAACCAACCGGAUAGGAGCCGCUUACACUCGCGUAAGCGGCUCCUCUCCUCUCCCGCUUUGCUCCUUUAAAGCAAGCAGGCUCUCUGUCCCUUACUCCUCCCCACUCAGCGGCUCUUCUCCCGCUUUGCUGUUUCAAAGCGAGCCACGGAGGAGGGAAGGAAGGGGAACCAUGGAUCCUCUGCUCACGACUGCAGCAGAUCCCCCCCGCCACCCGUAGGCAUUCCCUCCAUAACACACACAGACAUUUCCCCUUACUUUCUAGGAGGAAAAAAGUGAGUGUUAUGGUGCAAAAAAUACGGUAAAUUUAAGUCAUUGAACAAUGUGGAAUCUGGAAAACAUGGGGCCUACCAAACACAACAGAUUUUCAAAAACUAAACAAAAGGUACAUCUUGGCACCGCACACUCUUUCUUUUUUAUGAUUGAUGUUUUUUCACAUUUUAAGCAGAUCCCUCUUACUUUAAUGAUAGAGAUGCUCCUGGAAUCUGGAUCCAUAUGAAGCAUGCAAACUUUCACAGGAUUCAGCUUUUCUUGUUGCAGAAUUUGGCUUACUUUGGUGGAGAAUGUUAUCAGAUUACAGAUAGUCGUGAAAUUAGUGAGAAUCUGAAGCAUCUAUGCUAUUUGAGAGUAUUUUGCCCCAUUCAGCUUUGCAAAAAGGGUAUUUUGAGAGUGGGUAAGGGCCAAAGCAACAGAUCUCGCCACCACAGCCAGUUUCUUUCACAUCUGCCUCUUCUAUGGCUGGCAACUGUUGGGCCAGAAUGCCCUCUCACAAGUAUGCGUUUGGCCCAUGGUCCACCAUUUCCAGAUAUUCAUUUCCCUUACCUUUCCCCCACACCUUUUUUUGUAGAGGGAGGUGACCUUUUGACUUUAGUGAAUAGGAAAGGACUCAGUAUUCCCCAUCCAACUCCCCUGACGAUUUCCAAGUCUUAUGUAUUGAGAAAGUGAGGAGGCUGUCUUACAUUUAUUUAAAAACCAUUGUUUACGUAUAAAAGCAAGACGGUUCUGUUUUGUUGUUCAUGCCCAUGCAAAACCAUCAUAUAUGGUAUAUUGUGGCACCAGAAUCUGGAGCUUUUGGAAAAUCAAGCUGUGUAGGAAUUGCAGGUGUGCAAGAGCUGAAUGGUUUCCAUUUUCCCAACACGAUCUGCAAUAUAAUGCUAACCAACUCUUGACCUGGAUGAAAUUGGCCUGGGGGUGAACAUGCCAUUUAUGAUUCCCCAGCUGCUACUUGGCAGGGAGGAAAUAUCAGCAUUCCCCUCCCCUUCUAGAUUAGGAAUGUUUUGUUUGCUAAGCAAGCUGUUUCUUUCAUUCUUUUUCUGUAGGACGGUAAUUCUGAGUGAAGGACCUUGCAAGCGCUACUAAGUGGUUAUCAUGGGCUUAAUUGCGUUUCUGAAGACCCAGUUUAUAGUUCACCUCCUGAUUGGGUUCGUCUUCGUUGUGAGCGGGUUCAUCAUUAACUUCAUCCAGCUAUGCACGCUAAUCCUCUGGCCUAUAAACAAGCAGUUUUAUCGAAGAGUGAACUGCCGCCUUUCCUACUCAUUGUGGAGCCGUGAGUAUGCUCUGAUUUCUAUGUGCCAACUAGGAAUGUAGUUUCUUCAGACUAUAGCGGGUAGGCCUCCUUAGGAGCAGUGGGGAACAAUGUUCAUGGGUGCAGAUGCUGAAACACUGAUCUAUAGUUGCAGCUGUUAGGCGUUGGGAUUUGUUCUUGCAUGGUGGACUUCUCUGCAUGUACCAUAUUUCCCCCUUUUUCCAUGUCCUUGCACCUAAAGGCAGGGGCUGAGGUGAGAACUCUCUGAAGUACUAUUGCAGGAAUGGCAUGUUGUGCAGAAUAUAGCCACACAUACACAAAAACAGCUCUCUGGAGGGGCCCUGUUCCAGCCCCUGCUUCUUCCCUCUCUGCUCUCCAGAAAACCCACUUGCCUGCGUAGCUAGGAUAAGGCCCUUCGUCCUUCCAUACAGCAGGUAUCCACAAGUGGUUGGGCAUUGUUCCUUCCUCCUGUGGCAUUGCUUUAGUCCCAACAAGCCUAACUCUCACACACACCCUCUGUUGCCAGUGGAGGAGAUAUCAAAUACCCUGUUGCCUUGUUCCUCUUUCCACUCUUCAUUUUUUUGUAACUUCCCAGCUUACAGCUUUCCUACCUUCCCCCCCCCCCCGCCCCCGUAUGUAUAUUUUAUGUUUUCUCAUUCUUUUCUAGUGCCUGUUUUUGUUCAUUUGUCUCAUUUCCCAGUCCUUUAGACCGUCUUUUACUUUCAAAUUUCUUGCACAAAUGCCUGUUUUCUUACUCCCUACCAACCUUGUCUAUUCUAGUAUUCACUGCAGUGCUUCCCAAGUUUGUAACUUGGGGCAAAAGUUUUUUUUAAACGUCUUCCAUUGUAGUCACAUUGCAUCGGUUAUUCGGAGAGCCUGAGGUAUGACAGAAAUUCUAGAGGGAGAGCCAUCUCAGUUGUUUGUUUUUUAAAGCAAACACACACAAAAUAGUCUUGUGUACCUUAAAUAUUUAACUGUUCUUAAAUCUUUUAAAGUGCUCUAAGGGACAGUUUUUCCUCUGAAAAAUUGUUAAGGUGGAAAACAGACCCUGCAAACAAUCCAGUUGAACUGGCUCAUAGUGAACUGCUGCUAAAAUGCUAUUUUUUUUGACUAGGUUAUUCCAGGAGCAAGUUCAUUACUGAGAUCUCUUGCGACAUUUUUUGACGUUGUCGCCUAGAAGCUCUCCUCUUCGGGUCCUUAUUUUGAAAAAUGCGAAAAUACCAUUUCCACCAACCUGGCAGGGACAAGCUGGGGAAGGGUGCUUUUUAUUUUUUUACUUUUUUCCUGUCUUCAUGUUUAUAAGAGGGUACUGGGAAAUAAAGAUGAAAUCAUCUUAAGCAUUAAAUGGGCUUCUGUUGUACCCAAAUGCUUUCACUCAAGGAGUUUUAUGAACAGCAUGAUCUACUAAUACAGGCGUAGCUCACCAGAUCUUGUUGGACUCCCACCUCCCAUCAGCCUCAGCCAGCCUGACCAGUGGUCAGGAAUGAUGGGUGUUGUAGUCCAACAGCAAUUGGAGGCCCCUGUGUUGGCUAGCACUGCACUAAUAUCACUAACAAGUCUUAAAGUCAGACUGUUCUUUCCGUUAUCUUUAUCCAUGAAGAAAUGUUAGCUUUUUGCUGAACGGUCAUUUCCCCUGCUUUUCUUUCCCUUCGUUUCUUUCACUUACUCUGAGAACUCUGAAUAUUACUACGACACGGCUAUGUCUACAAACAUACAAUUCCAGUUGCAGCUCCCAUUCAGGGUGGAUCUUCCAGAUUGACAGCUGACACUGGAGGGGUGUGUGCAGGGCUGGCAGGACAUGGCAAUUCAGGUUCAUUAGGUGACCUCUUUAGUGAGACAGGGGAAUAGAUAACAGGCAGGUGGCUGGGAGUUUUGUCUUCAAUGCCAAAAGCUGGCCAUUUGGGCUUGUUUCAGAAGGGACAUUGGUACGACAUCCUACUACUGAUAGAGCUCGUUUUUGUAUCAAGGCAACAGAUUCAAUCCAUGGCAUCUUCAGUUUAAAAAUCUUGAGAACAAUAGCUUCUUGGAGAGCUUUGAACCAUCAUGGUUAGGUGGAGCUAGACUAGACAUUCUGUUUCACUGUAAUGCAGCUGCGUAUACAGGUCAUCUCCCAAACCUGUUUAGCUGGCUGGCUGUGUGAGAUAUAGAGGACUUUCCUGUAUUCAUAGGUAACUGUUUGGUACCUGGAGGGGGGAAAAUAACUAGGUUUUUAUUUAGCUGCCUUGCAGCUGUAAAGCAAAGACUCAAUAGAAGGUUUCUAGUAUUUAAGUAGCCAGUUAAAAUCCAGGUCUUACACCGAUUCCACCCCUGAGACUAGGCUGACCAUGAUGACUGCUGCAUUCUUAGCAUUCUUUCUCAGGCUCUUAAUCAGUGUUCAUCCUGAUUUUGCUGAACUACAACUCCCAUCAUCUUUGACCACACUGGUUGGGGCUGAUGGGAGAUGAACUCCAACAGCAUCUGCAGGGACCGCAAGUUUCUUGACCCUGCUUUAGAGGAUGUCAAGUCAGUGGAUUUAAAAAUGCUGCAACUCCCCACACCUCUCUUUUCCCCAAUGCAGAAUUUGCUGUGAAAAGUAAAUUUGUGUUUGUAGUGAAAAGCUGCCCUUUCCCCCCUGUGUAUACCAGCUGAAGCACCCAUGCAUUUUGGAGCUCAAUCUAUGCUUUUUAAGCAGGCGGAUUCACACAACACUCAGUAUAACACGUCUCUUGAGGACUCGCAGCUGAGUAUGUGAAACCACCAAGCAUGGCAUUUAGUGUGAUGUGGAAAGAGAUGCAAGUCUCUGCUGAUGGUGGUCCGUCAUGAUCAUUGCAUACAUAGUGCAGAAUAAACUGACCUCUUUAGACUAGAUCCCCCUUUCCAGAUUGCUCUUCAAGGAUAUCUUAAUUUAACUUUUUUUUUUUUUAAAAAAAGCUUCAUAUACAUUGUACACUUUAAAAAACAAACAAACCCCAGAAUAACUAUUUGAUGAGGUAAUUUUAGAACCGUAAACCUUUUCCUCACCAUGGGAUGCCAGCCAUGUGAAAGUCAUUCACAGACUGGCUCCCUUCAGAGAUUUGAAGCUCUUGCUGUGCCGCUCUUAACUAAAAUGAUCAGUGCUGCACUUCUCUGAAAAAGCUUCUUUCCUGUUGUAGAGCAGCACGGAUGUUUCAUCUGACUUCCUGCAAAGAGAAAACACUUUGCUGCAUAUUUAAUUCAUGAAGGCAAUCUAUAUUCCAGCCUUAUUCAUUCUAGCUACCUCCAGAUGACUUGAAGAAAAAAAAGGGGGGGGGAGCUCAGCAUGUUCAGUUUUUACUCUCCUAGCAACAAUAGCUCCAUCCAAGUCUAAAUGGAUAGUUUACUGUUUGCAAGAUUUUUGUACAUUGCAGCUUCUACAUUGAGUCCCUCCCCUCUGCUGUUUUUGGUUGUUUUGUUUUUUUGCAUAAUCAUUUUUUUUUUAAUGCCAUGACAUUCUUUCCAUUUUAAGGCUAAGUGAUGUUCUACUCUUCAAGUAUUCAGACUAAUAAUAAUAAUAAUAUAUUUAUACCCCGCUCAUCUGGGCUGGGUUCCCCAGUCACUCUGGGCAGCUCCCAACAGAUUAUUAUUAUUAAUAAUAAAAAGUGAUAAAACAUCAAACAUUAAAAACCUCCCUAAACAGGGCUGCCUUCAGAUGUCUUCUAAAAGUCAGAUAGUUGUUUAUUUCCUUGACAUCUGAUGGGAGGGCGUUCCACAGGUGCAACAGGUGCGGGGUGUGUGUGUUAACUUGGUGACCACCUGAUUAACACAAAGCUAAAGUUGUUAGAAUAUACAUGUGUUAAAAUGUAUUUAAAGUUUGUUUGUUUGUUUGUUAAUUAAAUUAGUAUACCACCCUUUAUCCAAAGAUCACAGGGCAGUACUGUAUAUAAGUUGUGAUACUUAAGGCUGAACCUACCAGUACCAGCAUCACUCUCUGUCUCUGUCUCACUCCUCACCUCCAGCGAACUUCCCUCCCUCAGAUGUUGCUGAACUACAACUCCCAUCAGCCUCAAAAAGCAUAGCCAGUAGCCAGGGAUGAUUGGAGUUAUAAUUCAGAAAUAUUUGGGUGGGGGAGGCUCCCCAUUCCUGCUGGAAAGUAUAUUGUUAUGUACUUCUCUGACUCCCAGUUUUCCCUACUUUUAAACCACACAAGAAUAAAAUGCACCGCUGGAAAAAUACAUCAGGAACCACUGUCAGAUUUAUUGGGGUGGGACAUUUCUGUACAAGGCUUAACAAGUAAAAAAAUUUAAUUCAGUUUCUAAGAUGUCAAUAUUGGAGCUGUAAAAGCUCAGGAAAAGCAAAAGGAUCUUGGGAUUUUCCCAACACUAGUGAAGUCAGUACUUCAGGCUACAAACAUUUCUUCAGAACCAAUUCUCUGUUCCUUUUGCUUCCCCCUCAAGCUGUUGGCAAGAACUGUCAGAAAAGAUAGGGAAAUACUCCUGGAGUCUAAAAGUUCCUCUUCAGGCUGUCCAGUAUUAACAGAGGGUUCCCAUCUUAAGAAAAGCAGACAGGCAAAUAGUGGCUGUGUUUGCAUAGCAAUGUAAACCAUAGUGAAAGUGCUCUUCCUCUAGCAAGAAUAGAAACAACAAACCACCAUCACUAGUUUAGUGUUACAUCCGAAUGAGAUUGUAGAUUUGUUUCACUCCAGAUGAACCACAGCCCUCUCCCUGGGCAGAACACUAAGCCAGGAGUCAUAGUUUGUUGCUCACACUAGGAGAGAAGUGAAGUAGGAGUGAUCUCUGUAUUCCUUGUAGACCAUUAACUAUGGUUUACUGUAAUGUGUGAACACAGACAGAGAUUCCAAAUGGUCUGGUGGGAUCUUGGGUUCCUUUAUUCAUUGGGCUACAUUGCAGGGAAGGAACAACAUAGUCAGUUGUUAUCUGCCUGCAGUUGUAUGAUGGGUUAUAAUUUUUUUAAAAAUUCAGACAGUAACAGAAAUGCACCAGUGCUUGUAAACCUGUGCAGAACAAAAUGCGGCCACUUCCCUUUUUAAAACACCAGAGUCUUUUAUGAGUGAUGCAGGUUUAAAACAAGUUCUGCUGCAGUAAGCUGCCAUCUGAACAGGGCCUUGGGCUGGUGCUGAGGCAAUGCUGCUGACUGCUUACUCAUCAUCAUUACGCGAUCAAAUAGGCAUUGAGACUGGAAGGGAGCACACAGUGACUGAGAAUGCAUGCAAACCAUGGAGCCACAGAGCAGGAAUAGCAACUGCUUUGCUCCUCCCUCAGUCCUUCUGCUGCCACGCUACCCAGAGCUAAGCCAUGUCUUGCACAAAACAAACCAAGAAAAAAGGCUAUGGUUAUAGCUCAUGGCUUGUUUAGCACAAGACAUGGCUUAUCAUUGGGUAGCACAGCAGCAGAAUUGGGCAAGGAGCAAAGCAGUUGUGGUUUUUUGCUCUGUGUACUUGCACACUAUAGUUUGACUAAGCGUUUCAAGCAAAGUAGGCCAUUGGGAACAUACGCUCUGUUUCUGAUCCUGAUGAGGGAGGGCCUAGGUGGCAAAUUUCCAAAUCUUACAGGUAGUUCCCUUUCUGAACUCUCAGCCCAGCACUCCAAGCUGCCCACAGAUAAGGGCAGCAUCAAAGCAAGCCAGUUAGUCUACAGCAAAUCAAGUGGAUAUCAACAUAUACGAGCUCAUUGCUACAACAGCUACCAAUUAAUAGUGGGGUUAUAUUGACUACCAAGAUGGCUUCUGGAACAGUUUGCCUCUGGUUCAACACACCUUUUUACCUUUAGCUGCAGUUAAUAUUACUGGGUUCGCUGUGGUUAGGCCCUGCAGGGAAAAUGUAUGUUGCAGGAAGGAGGGAGAGAGUGAGUGGAGGAAAGGAAUGAACCGUCCUGUGCACCACUCCCAGUUACUUAAUUAUAUAGUUAAUUAAAUGGCAGAGUUAUGUUUGUAUCCCAGCAAAAAUUAUCGAAAUUGGAUAAUGUGGUUGGGUAAUCGUAAUAACUUUUGAAACAAUGGUUGGUGAUCUUCCUCUUGAUCAGACUGGUUGACUUGUUCGGCAUUGGAAACUGUAUUGUAAACUUUGGCCAAUUUGAUUUAAAAGUGCUCUCGCAGCCCUGAUAUUCAUAUCUUUUAAGACUGAAAGUGGAGCUUUUAAAUAAAGAAAAUUGUCACCAGUAAGAAACUAGGGUGUUCAAAACAAAACCUCUGAAAACUGUUUGCUUCUGCCCUGUAUAGAUAGUAUAUAACUGCACAUUUAACAGAGCUAAAAAGGUUGGAAAUAAUAGUCUGCCAUAUACAGUGGUUUAAAACAUUAAGGCCUAACCUACUUUCUUUGUUUCCUCCUGUGACCUAGAAUUAGUGAUGUUGCUGGAAUGGUGGUCUGGUACAGAAUGCACUUUGUUCUCAGACCAGGCUACAGUCGAUAAGUUUGGAAAAGAGCAUGUCAUCAUCAUCCUGAACCACAACUUUGAAAUAGACUUUCUGUGUGGCUGGACCAUGACAGAGCGAUUUGGCGUCUUGGGGGUGAGUGUAUCGAACUUGUAGCCUUGUAUAUCUUUUAAUUUGAGGGGUAUGGUCAGGUUUAUUUUUCACCUUGGGAAAGGGAGGCAGCUGGGGUGGGUGUUUAAAUGGUCACACCGGAUAAAUUUCCUUCCCACUAACAGCAAAAUUAGAUUCAGGUAGGUAGCCAUGUUGGUCUGACGCAGUCGAAAUGUAUAAAAAAAUUGUCCAGUAGCACCUUAGAGACCGACUAAGUUUGUUCUUGGUAUACGCUUUCGUGUGCAUGCACACUUCUUCAGAUACACUGAAACAGAAGUCACCAGACCCUUAUAUAUAGUGGGAGGGUAGGGUGGGGUUUUUCUCAGGAGGGUAGCAGGAGAUGGGUGAUUGACUCAAUGGGUAUGGUAAACCUGUCGAUGACUGUUAAUGACUGCAGGAAAAAGCAAGUGCUACAGGAAAAGCAAGGGAUAGUGUGCAGAUGAUUAGCAUAUGUAAUGAGACAGGAAUCCAAUCUAAAAGUAGAAUUGAGCAUUUCAGACUCAGACAGGUGAGACAAAGAUUCACAUUCCCAAUUCAGCCCAAUUGACCUUGGACCAAUCUCUCUCCUCCUCCACUUUUACACACACAAACAUACAAACACACACACAGAACCCACCCUACCACAUAUGGUUGUUGUGAGGAUAAAAUGGGGAGAAAGCCAUGUUUUUUAGAGCUCCUUGGAGGUAGGAUAUACAUGUAAUAAUAAUGAUGAUGAUGAUGUGACUAGUAAUUUCCAGGAAACAAAAAAACAACAUCACCUUACUAGGCCGCUUCAGAACAGUUUUGGAAAUGGCACUAUUUGUAAAUGAUGUGUUGUAAACAAACAAAUGGAUAAUAUCUUGUGGUGUUCCUUUCAGAGUUCAAAAGUUCUUGCUAAGAAAGAGCUGUUGUACGUGCCCCUAAUUGGCUGGACAUGGUACUUCCUGGAGAUUGUUUUCUGCAAAAGGAAAUGGGAAGAAGACAGAGAUAAAGUUGUCGAAGGUCUAAAACGAUUGUCCGAUUAUCCAGAGUAUAUGUGGGUAAGUUAAGUUUUGCAAGGCCUGUCCUUGGCACUUUGAACAAGAUGGUGAAAGGUGUGGUCUUCCUUCAUGGUGGGUGUGGGUGUGGCCAUAUUAAGAUUUUAUAUACAAAUCUGUAUGUGGAUUCAUGUCUAAUAGUAUAUAGCCUUCAAUGUCUCACCUCAGGUAGGUUCUUCAGCUGUCUUUGGUUUAAACCCUUCAUGUGUGCAGCUUAUUCAAUGAAUUCCAACUUGAAAUUGGCAGGCAUGUUUGUAUGUGGUACAAAAGUAUGGGCCGGAUUCAACUAACUGGCCCAGUUAGCCUUCCAUUCUCCUCCCUUGAACCCCCUAAAUUGGCUUGGUGGGGAGCAGCAGUCAGGAAAAUCCCCAAAAUAGUACAUGGGGGGGGGAGGGGGGAGAUCAUUCCAUCAGGCAAGCAGCAAUGCUUGAGCUGACAGAACAAUCUCCUUAGUGCUAUGUUGAAUUUCUCCCAUUUUUUUAGUAUGAGGUACAGAUUUUGCAGAAGUGACCCUGCAACAUCAUUGUAUUUGGAUAUAGUAUUAAUAUGCUGAAUACUAACACGCAACGCACAAAUGGUCUGAUGUGCUCCAAAUUUACAUGUUGGGAAUCUCCCCCUGAAAAAAUACAGUUUUUAAUAUCUUUAUUGGAAAACUAAGUGAUGAAAUGACCCUAAAGAGGAUGCUUUGAGCAUGUGAGGAAAUCUGAGGUAUGGGCAUGUUCUCAUUCUAAAUGAGUUCUGGGUCAGGGUCUCCUAUUUGAGCCUGAGGCCUUAAGACCUAGGAAUAGGUGGAAUUCAGACAUCAGCAAAAGUGCUGAGCCCUCUGUUCAAGUCAGGAUGGUGAUGGGAGGCAAAACACUUCAACAGAAUAUGUCCAGCAAGCAAGUAGUCAUGGGUGGCAGUCUAGUGCUGGUUAAAGCUCUCGGGAGAGGGGGAUAAAGUGUUGCAGCAGGGAGGAGUGUGGCAUUGAAAAUGUCCCCAUGAAAGAUGUGGUGGUGCUCUGGUUCUGAGGUCCAUGCUCUAACCAUACUGGUAAGUCUCCUUGUGUACCUGUUGCCAGCUCUGGGACUGGCAUGGUACUGAAGGUGAGAGAGAUUUUAGAAGCUGAGGGGAGUUCUGGAGAGGAAUGAUUGGUAAAAGCAAUAGUGCCUGAGGAUUCUUCUCCCUUCAGUGGCAGCCUCCUGAAAUGAUUGAGGGAGAGGGUUUAUCAGUGGCCACUAGGCACCAUGGCUGUGUUCUGCCCCCAUAGGUGGAGGCUGUAUCCCUCUGACUACCCAGUUGCUUGGAACCGCAGGUAGGCAGAGUGCUGUUGUCCUUAGGCAUAUGGUUGGCUACUAUGAGAACAGGCUGCUGGGCUUAGAUGGGCCUUUGGCUUGACCCAACAGAGCUCUUCUUUUGUUUCUGGGUCCUUGGUGUCAUGCAAUCUUUCCACUGAUGCAAAAGUUUAUGAAUCCAGAUACUGGUCCCCAGCAAACUCUCCAUAUGGUUUCUUUAUUUGAGAAGUAACACUUGGAUGUUUCUUCCACCCCUCCCCUCUUGUUCUGUUCCAUUAGUUUCUUUUGUACUGUGAAGGAACUCGUUUUACAGAGACCAAGCAUCGUAUCAGUAUGGAAGUGGCGGAAUCCAAAGGAUUGCCUAAGCUCAAAUAUCACCUGUUGCCCAGAACCAAAGGUUUCACAACUGCCGUCCAGUGUCUCAGGGGAACAGGUAUCUAUUUCCUUGGCCUUCCUUGCAGUGUUUGUGGAUGUGAUUCUUGAGCGCAUUCAUUGCUGUUGGUCCCCAGAUUAUUAUUGUUUUCUUCAGUGGAAAAUCAGUAUUGACUUUAAUGUUGAUGUUUUAGACCGCUGGAUUUUAUUUCGUAAUUAGUUCUUAAUACGUUAAUUAGUUCCCCUUUGAAUUCAGAGAAAUUAAUAUUGCUACUUAGCACUUCACAUUUCUAAAGUGGUGUGCAAACAUUGACUAAUUAACGCUCCCAGCGUGCAUGUGAGGUGUAAGUUCGUGUUAUGCCACACAGACAAGGCUGUUAAAUAGGACAGAUGGCUGGCCAAAUACAAUUGUGGGUUACAAGUUUUGCUUUGUCUUUCCAGACAACAGCAUCAAAACUGUUCUGCAGAAUCUGGGGAGGUUAAAAAAGGUAAAGGUACCCCUGCCCGUACGGGCCAGUCUUGACAGACUCUAGGGUUGUGCGCCCAUCUCACUCAAGAGGCCGGGGGCCAGCGCUGUCCGGAGACACUUCCGGGUCACGUGGCCAGCGUGACAUCGCUGCUCUGGCGAGCCAGAGCCGCACACGGAAACGCCGUUUACCUUCCCGCUAGUAAGCGGUCCCUAUUUAUCUACUUGCACCCGGGAGUGCUUUCGAACUGCUAGGUUGGCAGGCGCUGGGAUCGAACAACGGGAGCGCACCCUGCCGUGGGGAUUCGAACCACUGACCUUUCGAUCGGCAAGCCCUAGGCGCUGAGGCUUUUACCCACAGCGCCACCCUCUGGGGAGGUUAGGAAGACAUAAAAAGUCACAAUGUCCCCUUCCCUACUUACUGGUGGAAGGUUUAUCACAUUUAUGCCAUUCCUCAUCCACAUUCCUCUCCCUUCCCAAUCUACCCAGGUGUUCUAAAAGUGUGACAGUGUUUUUUAAAGACUGUUGAUAAAAGAUUAUGGCACUUCCCUUUGCAAAUUGAAAUUAUCCCCCAUCUCCACUCAGCACAACCCAGAGAAGUAUAAAUGUGAUUUAAAUCCUGAGGAAAUAAAAGAGUGUCUAGCUUCCACUUAAGUGCUUAAAUACUAUGGAUUCAGGAGCACGUAUUUACAUGUACUUUCCUCUGGAUUGUGUUUAAUCCAUAAGAGCCACUCGAAUCUAGGAAAGACAACAGAGUUGAAUCUGGAUGAAGAACUGCCUUGAGCAAAACACUGGCUUGGAUUAAUUUCCCUUUUCUGCUAGAUGGGAAAUAUUUUAACACACAUUUCAGCAUGCUUGUGAGAUUCUGAGAGGUGAAGAUACCUAAUAUUAAUGUUAAUUUUUUCUUUCUAUAUGUGAAGUAAUUUCCCUUGUGUUUCUGUGAGUCACAUAUAGAUACCCGUCUUCAUGUAUGUAUAAUCUCAGGGUUCUUCACUUCUGUUGGCUGCAACAUGACUAAGAUUCACACCCAUUAGCUUAACACUAAAGCUGAGUUCAGAUUUAAUCACCAAACCACAACUUAGUGUUACAUAAAGGAGGCUCUGACUCAUGAGCUCCCUCGUCUAUUUUUCUUCCCUGUAUGCUCAAGCAAUCUGGUUCUCUCCAUUAUUUUGGUUUUUGCAGCAAACCAUAGUUUGCUGUUGUGUUUUAUACAAACAGGGUAACUUGCUUCAGAUGUCAUGUUAAACCACUGUUUAGCAUUAAAUGCAUGAACCUGCUCCCUGUCCCCUCCUCUGGCUUAACUACAAGGAAGAGAUCAAAAGCGUUCACUAACCAUUGCGCCGAAGAAUUGAUGCUUUUGAAUUAUGGUGCUGGAGGAGACUCUUGAGAGUCCCAUGGACUGCAAGAAGAUCAAAUGCAUCCAUUCUUAAGGAAAUUAGCCCUGAGUGCUCACUGGAAGGGCAGAUCGUGAAGCUGAGGCUCCAAUACUUUGGCCACCUCAUGAGAAGAGAAGACUCCCUGGAAAAGACCCUGAUGUUGGGAAAGAUUGAGGGCACAAGGAGAAGGGGACAACAGAGGAUGAGAUGGUUGGACAGUGUUCUCGAAGCUACAAACAUGAGUCUGACCAAACUGCGGGAGGCAGUGGAAGACAGGAGUGCCUGGCGUGCUCUGGUCCAUGGGGUCACGAAGAGUCGGACACGACUAAACAACAACAACCAUUGCGUUUAGCUUUAUCAUGUUCCCCUCCACACACACACACCACAGAAAGCGAGUAUCAGAAACCGCAGUUUGAUCUUAGCUUGUUUGAUAAACCAUGAUUUGAGCUAACUACCAUUUGUCGCAAUUCAGAUGAAACAAACACUGCUUCUGAACUUCUCUUCACUCAUGUGCCAAAGGAGGAGAGGGGCAUGGGGAGUGCAUGAACCAGAGACAUGUUCAGUAGCAGUAAAACAGCGGGACACUUUGGGAAUUUUGAGAAAGCAGUAAGAUGCUUAUUCAAGUCCUACUCAAUGCAAUGAAUGUGGCUGGUCCCAACCCAUUUAAAUGCUGUUGGAAUUGCAGCACAGUUUUGUGUUGACGUUGUCCGGCCAGUGGAGCAUUGUACUUGGGAAAAUGAUGUGCUUCCAGUCUCAGGAGCCUCACCUCAUUAUUUGGAACUCUGUUUGUAUGCCUUGUUAUAACAAUUAAAUAAGUUGGAUUCUAGAGGCUAAAAUAAUGGUGACCUAUUCUCAUUUUCCACAGUUUCAGCUGUGUACGAUGUAACGUUAAACUUCAGAGGAAACAAGAACCCCUCCUUAUUAGGAAUCCUUUAUGGGAAGAAAUACAAAGCUGAUAUGUGUGUCAGGUGAGCAUGGCAUGUAUUUGAGAACAUGGCACGUAUUUCAGAAUUGUCACAGUGUCCAAAUAUGUUGGUAAGUCUGCCUCCUUUUUCCCAUGUUCUUUUACCGCAUGGAUUUGGGAUACUUCAGCUGUUCAGGCUUAGUAUGGAAGAGCCUCUUUCCCCCCAUUAAUAUUAGAAGACGAAGGCUGUUGCAUGCAUCCAGCACGACUACGAAUUCUGUAAAAGUAAUGCUUGGCUCUGCCUGCCAUUUCAGCAUCUUCCAUAUUUGGUUUGACAAACCCAUGUGGUCGUGGGAAAGUACAUUAUGUAAAGCUCCAUAAAUUCCUACUGCCCUCUCUUAAAGAUUGGUGAACUGCAUAGUACAGUCAUUCGUGUCUUUUAGAUAGCUGAGUCCAGUCUGGCUUGAAGUUCUGAGAUCCAGUUGCCUAUGCUUUUUCGCCUAGGCCUGCUGUUCAGCCAUAUGAAUGGAUGGCCCAUCUCCUCUGUUUUUGUUUUGUUCAGUAAAAGACUUGCCAGGAAUGCUUUCUGACUGGAUCCGCUUCAGGCGUAUCUGAAGCAAGUCAUUUCUACCCUUGUGAAUGGUGAUGAAGGAGGCUUUGUCAUCUCUUUGGUGCCCCACAGAUAUACAUGUCAUCAGGCUUGCCACAGUCUUUGCUUUUUAUGGCCCUAGGAAAAGAAGAAUUAUCUAGUUCAGGGCUGUCAAACAGAAAGCCCUGAAGGAUUAUGGGGCUUUUGGGGAUCUCCAAAGUGGUCCACAGCUCACCUUUCACAAAAAUUACUGAACCAUCUCCAGACAUUGCCCCUUGUACAGCUCAUGGAAUGACAUGGCAGUGGCUGCCAUUACUUGCCUCUCCCACCAUAAUUUUUUUUUUUAAAAGCAAGCAUUUUAACUCACACCGGUGCUGUGUUCUGAAAGACAUGUGCUUUUGGGUGAGGGGUUAUAGUUCAAUGGGAGAGCGCAUGAUUUUUUAGAUUUGUAGAGUUAGAAGAGGGGAAGUGGAUGGCGCUGUGGUCUAAACCACUGAGCCUCUUGGGCUUGCCGAUCGGAAGGUUGGUGGUUCAAAUCCCCGCGUCUGGGUGAGCUCCCGUUGCUCUGUCCCAGCUCCUGCCAACCUCACAGUUCAAAAGCACGCCAAAAAAAGUGCAAGUAGAUUAAUAGGUACUGCUCCAUUGGGAAGGUAAAUGGCAUUUCCGUGCACUGCUCUGGUUUGGCCAUAAGUGGCUUAGUCAUGCUGGCCACAUGACCCGGAAAAACUGUCUGCGGACAAACGUUGGCUCCCUCGGCCAGUAAAGCGAGAUGAGCGCCGCAACCCCAGGGUCAUUCGCAACUGGACUUAACUGUCAGGGGUCCUUUACCUUUACCUUUUUUAGAGUUGGAAGGGACUCCGGGGAUCAUCUAGUCCAAUCCCCUGUGGUGCAAGAAUCUCAAUCAGACAGAUGACUGUCUACUUAAAACCCUCCAAGGAAGGAGAGUCCACCACCUCUUGUGGGAGUCUGUUCCACUUGCACCCAAAGGUUCCCUGGUUAGAUCCUGCUCCAGAGUAGGUGCUCAGAAAGACCCUUGGAUGCUGCCAGUCAUAGCCGACAACACUCAGCUCAACAGACAAGUUGUGUCUUAUGUUCCCAGCUUCCUCAAGCCAACAAACUAAAACGGCAUUAUUUGUUAUACAGCUAUAACAGGGACAGCCAAGUUCCAAAGAGUCACAGUCUGUGUGGUUCCUCAACAGAAUCUCUAUUGUCAUUUUAACCUUUGUCACUACUUAGAGUAGAAGGACAACGGGAAUUUCUUCACAAACUUCUUCAAGUUCCUGUGGUUAUCUGACCCAAGCUUUGGUCACCAUUGGCCUGUAGCCUUCAUUUGGGUGAAAGAAAGAGAAUCAUGCCACUAUUUUUUUAAAAAAUAUAUAGCACUUCUCAAUAAACUCACCCAUCCAUUUUUGUACAAAGCAAGAAGUGUUCCACUGUGCAACCUUUGUAUUCUGGCUGUGGGCACCCCCUAGUGGCAAAUUCAUGGUCCGAAUGUGACAAUACAGGGUUUUCACUUUAACUUGUGUUCAUCUAGAGCAGAACACUCAGUAUAAGUAGCAUAGAAGUUGUAAUUGUGAUGCUCAUUCUUUAUUAAAUGCUCUUUAUUGAACCUUUUUUUAAAAAACAAACAAACCAGGAGGUUUCCACUAGAAGAUAUCCCUUUGGACGAAAAGGAAGCAGCAAAGUGGCUCCAUAAACUUUACCAAGAAAAGGUAAAUCAUUUGUCCUGCCUUUAAGAUCUUAUGGAAUAAUAUGCUAAGUGAAUGAAUUCUCAAAGGAGACAGCAUUGCUAUAUCUGUAAGGGAGCAACUAGAUGUAAUAUGGAAGAUCCUUCGUGGAAGAUCUCCUAUGAUUCUUUUAACAUAAACAUGUUUUCUACCAUGGGGAAAGUGCUUUGACAUUUGUCCACAUUCGUAUCUCAAGAUAAGGUGUGCAAAGCUGAAUGUAUAUACUCUCUGUUAGACCAUGGUGAUGCGAUAUGUUGCUUCCUCCACAAAUGGGGCCCCAAUCCUGUCUUUUCUAUAUCAUGUGAAUUUUACUGAGCAAUGGGGUUUCACAGUAGCAAAAAAAUGGGGGGAAUGGAUAUACUAACACUGAACAAAACAUCAGGAAUCUGAUUUGUUCUAAAGAUGAUACUUCAUUGUAUGAGAGAGAAUACUAAUUCAAGAGAAAACUGUAACUUCUGCUAAGAAAGGUUCCAUUGGGUUGGGUGGCCUGUUUUCCUUCAUUUUUCACAUUCAUCCCUAAGGCAGCAUAGAAAUAAAAAUCCCACUGAAAUCAAUGGGGCUGAUUUCUUAAGUGUUUUAGAAUCUGCCCAAGUCGGAUCCUCACCCCCACCAGAUAAAGGGUUUGAGGGUUCUGUGCUAAUCUGAUCUGCAAGCUAUGGUUCACCAGCAGCGCUGUGCAUUCUUAUUUGCUUCUUUACGCUGCCCUUGUCAGUGGAAAUGGAAAUAGUUGGAGACUAAUUACCACGUAUUGUAUAUAGCAGUUAAAUCAGUGGGAAAAAUAAAAGGUAACCUGAUACAGUUACAGCUCACUUGAUGCAGCUCCCCUUAGGGCAGGGGUCUGGAACCCGCGGCUCCGGAGCCGCAUGUGGCUCUUUUACACCUUUGCCGCGGCUCCGGGGCGGAUACUAGCGAGGGGAGGAGGCGCAUUGUGCGCCCCGACACUCCCCACUGUGGCGGGCGUUGUACUAGCUGUGACGUCGCAUGGGGGCGGUGCGUGCGUUAGUCAUGCACCGUCCCGACAUCACCUUCCUGCCCGCCUGCCCGCUACAUUGUAAGGGGCAUGUACGCUGGUCACUGUUUUGAAGGGGAGUGAAGAACACACACACACAAAAAGGUAACUUGUUAAUUUAACGUUUAUUUCUAUGAGGAGGAGUAAUUCUGAGGGGUCAAACAAAGAAAAGUGACAAAAAAGUUGUUUUUAUAAUGACGAGUUUUGCGGCUCCCAGUUUUUUUUCUUCGGAAACGGGUCCAAGUGGCUCUUUUUGUCUUAAAGGUUGCAGACCCCUGCCUUAGGGGAAUAAUAAGCUUGAAACUGAAGAUGGUUUUACACGGUAACAGCAACUUUUAUGUAAGGGCUUGGUGCUGUAAGCCCAUGAGCCUGGGGCUUGUAUGGGCUCAUGCAGUUCUAAAACCAAGGUUUUGGGUUACAUGCAAAUGCAGCCUAAGUUUACUACCUUCUAACUUUCUGCAAUUGAUUGUGUGAAUGGGGCCCUGAAUUCUUGGGGCUGCCUGAGAAUAACUUGGAUUCAUCCAUUGCCACAUACUUCUAAGGACAAGUUGUGUUUUGUUUAAGCAGUAGCCAUAACACUUGAUGGGACUAACAGUAGUUUCAGGUUAACACUUCGUGACUAGGUUACAUGAAUAAUGUAAAGUGUGACAUUGACACACCUUUCAGCUUCCUGGGAGACUGUAUUUUAUUUAUAUUUUGUUUUCUUACCAUAUCCUGCCAUUUAACCAUCAGGGAACACCAUCUCCUAUCCAGACAGUGAUGGCAUUCAGAAGAAGGCACAAUGAAUAUAGAAAGGAUUUGGUUGGCAAUAGAGUAGCAGAGCCUAGUUUCACUAAAAAGGUGUUUUUGCUUUUUAAGUAAUCAUGAUGGAACAGAAAAUGCAGAUUGCUCCUGCAGCAACGAGUACUGGGUCACAGAGACCUGCCACUCUGACCAUAUUAAAAUGUACAGGCAUUGAAUGAUAUGAAUGCACCCCUGUGUGUCCCCAAAUUAGAAAGGUUUUUCUUUCUCUCUUCAAGGAUGCUUUACAAGAGAAGUAUAAUCAAGAGGGUACAUUUCCUGGAGAGCAAAUCAAACCUCGCAGAAGACCAUGGACUCUCCUCAAUUUUCUGUUCUGGGCCACCAUUGUCCUGUCUCCUCUUUUCAAAUUUGGUUUUGGCAUUUUUGCAAGCGGAUCUCCUCUCCUGAUUCUUUCAUUCAUGGGCUUUGUUGGAGCAGGUAAUAAACGCUGAGCUGAAUGUGUACAUCUGUAUCCUGUGAUACAGCCAGGCCCCACAGUCAUUUUCUCAGCUUGUUAGCUGACUUGCAGUGAGGUGGGGAAGGAAGAUUGUGUUAAGAGAAAUUAGAACUGCAUUUAUCUAUCUAUCUAUCUAUCUAUCUAUCUAUCUAUCUAUCUAUCUAUCUAUCUGUACUGGAAGACAGUGGUUGUUAGACCUAAUAAUUAGCACUUUGAGAAGUGUACUCAGAAUCUUGUCCAGUCGUACCUUGGUUCUCGAACAGAAUGUGUUCCAGGAGUCUGUUCAACUGCCAGAAACAUUCAAACACCAAAGCCUGGCUUCUGAUUGGCUGCAGGAGCAUCCUGCAGCCAAUCAGAAGUCGUGGAAGCAGCUCCGGAUGUUCGGCUUCUGAAAAUUGUUAGAAAACCGGAACACUCACUUCUAGGUUUCGAUCAUCUGAGAGCCGAUUUGUUCGGGAACCAAUGCGUUUGAUUAUCUUUCCCAAUCAAGAGCUCAGGAUAGGUUGCCAGAUACACUUCAUUUUCUUUUUACAGUAGCCCCAUGAUAAGUUUAGGCUGAGCAACAGUUACUUCCCUAAGACCAUCCAGACAAACCUAAUACAUUAGCCCUUGCAUCACAUAGACACCUAUAUAUAGUUUUCUCCUUGUACUAAAGCCUGUGCUGUUUUAGGCUGCAAUUCUGUUGUUGUUGUCGUUGUUGUUGUUGUAUUUCUAUAUCACCCUUCCUCUGAGGAUCACUGGGCAGUUUACAGUAUAAAAACAAAAAAAGUGUAUAACAUAGUAAUAAACAAAAACAAUGCUACACACACAGUUUGAAUGGAUUGUUAAAUAUAUUUUUUAAAUUAGUUUAAUUGUUGUACCUGCUCUUGCCUUUUACUCCUUUGAGUCCUCAUCAGAUGCUUAAUCUCUGCACUGGUGUUCUGUGCAGAUGUAGCAUUUAAUCAUACAAAAUUCAGGGUCCUAAGGGGCUCAUCUCUCAUUCCAGUCCAGGGCCUGUGGGGCCUGCAGCCUUCAGAUGUUGUUGCACUCCUGUGCCCAUCAGUCCCAGCCAUCAUGGCCAAUGGGAACAAUGGGAAUUGUAGUCCAACAACUUCUGGUAAGCCACGGGUAGGAAUGGGUACCAAUUUUGGUUUCUCUCUGUCUCUCAUCUUUCCAACCUUAAAGUUAAGUUCUCCACAUUUUCACAUCUGUUUGCGAUUAAAAAAAAUAAAAUCUGCAAAUGGAGUGCAGUUUUCUCCUAAUAUACAUAUCAUACUAUGCAAUUUUGCCAAUACAUGCAUUUUAUUUUCCUUAGUAUUUUAAUAUCCCAUAAUAUCGUACAUUUAUGUAGUUUUCACAAAGAUAUGUAUUCAUAUGCACAGUUAACCUUUGCGUGUGCAUUUUUGUUCACAUUACUUGGCUAGAAAACGGCACUGGAAAUUUAGAAAGAUGUCUGACAUUCAGUUUGUAUAUUAUUUUGGUUAUUGCAAAUUAAUUUGAUUCACCUUUAAAUACAAACUGAAUAAAAUUUCUUCCCUAUCCCUGGCCGUAGUUUCCCUGUCCCUUUUUGGUUCCUAUUGGCUGUUUAUAGAUAACUUUAAAACAAGUGAAAACUCAGAAGUGGAGUUUAUGGGAUUGGGUAUGGUAGUGCGGAGUGGGAUUUCUAGUAGCUGGGGCUUUCGCAUGCUGAGUUGGACCUUCCUCUUUCUAACAGCGAGGAAUUGGGGGUUGGGGGUUGGUGUAGAAUGAAUCAGCACAACACACACAUAUAUAUACCCAUACCCAUACACACACACAGCCCAAUGUGCAUGGGUGUACACACACAUUAUGCAUAUGCGCACAUUUUGCUACCUUCUCUAUAUUUACUUUUCAGUAUAUAACAGAUCAUUAAUUGACAAGGAGUGGCGUAACUCAGUCAUCUCUCUUUCCUUUCUGUUUUAAAGCUUCAUUUGGAGUUCGCAGACUGAUCGGCGUAACAGAAAUAGAAAAAGGCUCCAGCUACGGCAACCAAGAAUUCAAGAAAAAGGAAUAACUUCACAGAUACAGUUCCAAACAUAUAACAAGACUAUGGUAUCAAAUUAACUUCAUUGAAAGAAAGACACUUAGAAAACUUAUCUUUUUUUUCUUAUUAACUGAUAACUACUAAUACUUGAGCCAAGACUAAAGAAAUUGGAAGAUUCAAGAGGAAGAGGAAACAGUUGACUACUUACCUGCCCAAGGAUCCCUGUGUUCAUAAGUUUGGGGAGAAAAAAAUAUCUGGGCUAAUAUUUUGUUUUAUUUUUGGCUUUCUUGUGGGUGGGAGGGGGAACUAAUGGGUGUAGCUACAUGCAUCUUCAGAUAAACUGGUUUGUCUUUCAAGAGUACAACACUUGCUCGCAAGAGGAGCUACUGAAUGUUUCUUCUUGCUAAAACUAAUAUUUUCUUAUUCAUGGCAUCUUUUUUUAAAAAAACAAACAAGCAAGGCAGCAUGAAUUGCAGCAAAACACAAUCUCCAGUUGACUAACAGCUGCUCCUCGAGGAGGAAGCAGUUUGGAAAAGCUACUUCAUCCUCGCAGAUGUUUUAUUUGCAGAUGUUUUAUUUUUAGGUUAAUAUUUAUUCAUUUCUGUACACCCGUGGCGUUCCAAUGGCAGCAGUACCUGACUGAUAAGCACAUACUUUGAACAAGGCACUAGAAUUAAUGCGGUUCCAGGCUUCCCUACUCGACAAACACAUUCCUUACCCCUCAUGCACUCCCAGCUGAAACAAGAAUGUGCUUAGCUCAGUUUCCUACAUAGAUUUGCUAUUUCUUUCUUUAAAAAAACAAAACAAAAAGCUUAUAUGAUGACCCUGAAAUUGUUACCAGUAUGACUAUGGCUGCUCAGUCAUUUCAUCUUGGCAGUUCUACCCCCACGGCAAAAAAAAGAAAGUCUGUUCUCAGAAUCUCCUGUAUGGCUUGUGGUGAAAAACAGCAUAAAACAACAGAUGAACCUGGAACGAAAUUGUAUUCAAAAAGCUACUAAUUGUAGUAGAUAACACAGGGCUGGUACUGUACCUCUGCAGCCUUCAGCACACUUACUUGGAAGGAAACACUACUGAUUUCAGGUCAAAAUUUCUUCCAGGCAAAUGUGUUUAGGGCUGGAAUGUCAGUUUGCCUACAUUAUCACGGGAUAUUGCCAGGUCAUCCAGCAAUCAAUGAAGCUUUUUUAAAAGGUUCAGACUUAUUGAGGAUUUUUUGCUGCACAUUAAGAGCUACCGGUUUGGUUUCAACAAUUAGAAAGGUUUGUGAUGUGGUGGCUGCCCUCAGUCACAAUGCAUUGAGGUUGCUUCCCUGUGGAAAGCUAUUUGUUUGCUUGACACAGCCUUCAAGCCAACCAUGUUUUGACUGGCACAGCAUCUCUAGGUUUACUCCAUAUAACGAAUGUUGUAGGUGAAUGACUAGUCACAAAGUCUCCCUUCAGAUACUGUUUUGUGUGCAGCUGCCUUUAAUAGGGCUUUGCAAAUUGAUUUCUGCAUCACAGAAAUAUUUGAAAGUAUAUGGCAGUGGCAUAUAUCAUCUUCCAGUGCUGGGACCAAAUUUUGCAAUCAGAUCCGCACCCAAAAAACAAACAAACAAAAACAAUAGGAAUUAAGCUUUAUAAAUGGGAUUCAAAGCAGAAUUGGGCCCCUACUGCUCCUUAUGAUGUGAUAGUAACACACACAUCCUCUCGUAGCCAGGGGUAAAUGUGUGACAUCUUACUUUCCAAAUGUUAGCAUUUUUUAAUUAUUCUUAUUCCUCACUUGCAGGAGCUCGUUUUGAGAAUACUUUUAUGUGCGACUUGCCACUCUGAAGUUUGGAAAGAUUCUUUGCGGAAACGGCUUAUCUUAGCUUUCUCAUGCUGAUGAAUGUUUUCUUAGGGAUUUCUACAUGAAAUGUUUUUGGAAUUGUCCUAUGGAGCCAUGAUCAAAACAACCAAUAUCCAAACAUGUAGAAAAUGGCAUGCAAGAGAAUGGUCCAUGCAGCUAGAACACUGCGCUACCAGUUCCUUUUUCUGCAGAGACAAGCCAUUUUUCAAAUAAAGCGGUUGCUUGCCUCUUCAGUGAGGGAACUACUAUUGCAGAAAAAGGUCUUCAUUGUCUUCUUAAGUCACAGCCCACAGUAUCCAUGAAUUUUGCUUUCCCCCAGCAUAACAUUGUACUGUCAGUCCCGGAAUAGGUAAGCUACGCUUCCUGAAAGGGGAUAAAAUCUACCCUGACUGUAAGGGCAGACAACUUAUUAACUUCAUUGGAAGUUGAACCUGUGCUUCUUGGAAAGAAUCCAGCCAUGACUAUUUUUUACUUAGUAAAUAUAUUCUGCUUUUUGUUUUGUUUUUAAAGAGUUAGACAGCUAAGCAGAGAGCUUUCCUCUCUGUUAUCUAACCAGAGGACUGAACAGACAGGAUUGUGUUUUUUAAAAGUACUUGGUAAAUAACACUUCCUUGUUGGAAAGGUUUUUUUCUUUCCUCCGUUUAACAGAUGCUGUAUAAUUGCUUUCUGAAGAAGAUGUUGAAUAUAUUUUAAAUGCACUAAAUAACAAAAACAAAGUGGGAAAGUCCCCUGGCUGUGCAUUUCUAUUACUUGUGAGCAAGGAGUUCUGUAUUGAUAGAUAAGGCCAGACACUGUAACAGAAUUAAGUGGGGGGCUGGCGGGGGUCGUGCAGGAAGAAAUGUUGCAAGGAAGCAAAGAGUGUACAGAUCUGUUAAAAUAGGUGUCCAGCCUCCAUUUAGCGCAAAUGGCUCCUGCUAAAAGGUAUUGGGAGUACUGCAUGUACAUUAUGGAGAGAAAAAGCAGAUGUUUUCCUUCUGUUUUGUUUUCAUAUCAUGACAUUUUGAUCAUAUUUUGUUUUUGAAGACAUAGCAAAGUAUACAUUAAUUUGUUUGCAGUUUUAGAAAGACAUAUCCGUUUUGAAAACUGAAGUGUACAACAUGGCACAAUCUAGUACAUGGCAGCUCAUCUUUUUGGCUUGAAAUUUUGGUUUGUCUCUUCAAAUAGUUUUUUAUAUAAAUAUGCAGAGUACGUGUGAGAGAGUAUUACUGGAAACAGCAGUAAGUGUGUCUCAUGAAGAAUAUCAAGCGGUUUGGGUUGGAACAGUGAGCAUAGAUUUUAUACCUUACACUAUUUUCUUCUGGUUUAAUAGAACAUAGCUUGUAUAUUUGACUACCAAGCCCUUUGAGAGCAAUAAUAAACAAAAUAUAUCAUGAACU